GUGUAGUAGUGCCUCAUUUGUAUCCAUUCACUGGCUACAGCCUUGCAAAUAACCAUCGUGAGUUCAGCUCAGUAAAUGAAUUAAAAAUAUUUUACCAACUCCUGUAAAGAGAUAACAUAAGUGUUCAUGCUGUUUUCUUGAAAUACCUGUUGCUGCCUCAUUGUCAGUUCACUGAAGAAGGCAAGUGCUUUCUCCAAUGUAUGGUGCCAGAUAAAUGACAUGGCAUUGUGCUUGUCACUGGGGCUCUUGGUUCCUAGAGCAAACAAGGCCUCUGGCUCUUGAUGGGAUUCUGUCCUAUCCUUGGGAAACAUUCUGCAGUGAACCUAGGAUGGCCAAGUCAGGGCAUGCUAGCUGUAUGCAACAUCUCUGUGUUAUACUCAAAGGUUUAAUUCUCAAGUUUUGUAAACCCACCCCCAAAACAGGACCUGCUAUUCACAAUUUAACUAUGUCCAUUUUCUCCUUGGCUUCUUCAUACUGUAAAGAAGGAUGAAUGUGGAAGUAAAUGGCUACUGUUUUGAAAAUUUAGGUGUAAACACAUCCUCAGGGCCAAUGAAUAUUGUCUUCAUGAAGCUGUUCUUAGCACCCCCUCACCACAAGAAGUCAGUGUCAGAUCCCUUCCACAGCUACUUUAAACUAUAUACCUCUCAGUUUCAUUAGGCCAAGAUGUUUGUUCUUUUAUAUAAAAAAGGUAAUGGCUUUUGAGCUACCAGCAGCCAUGUAAUCUCAACACAGCCGGAGAACUGAAUAUAAAAGCUGGGGACGAUUUAGCAGCUGAGAGUUGAACUACCUAACUAUAUGAUCUUAUCUGAGUCAGCCAUUGGAGGUGCUGUUGUAUAAAUAAGUCCCCCAGUCUCCCCAAUGCUUCUUCAGCUGCCAGCCUCACAGCCUGAGGGAUGCCACUUCUCAGAGUUCUGAGGAGCAAAGGUAUUUCUUUGAUUUAGUUAACCAAAUUCACCCUUAAGAUUUAAAAUUCUACUAGUAGCCAGGUCUGUGCUGUGGGAGUUGCCAGGGGCAACCAAAGAAUUCACUUUGAGUAGGAAGCACCGGAGGGCAGUUGAGGGUGUCAGUUGGUGCUGAAGAAAUAAAUACACCACAUAGGAUGGUACAAGAGGAAUCAUUGUUACUCCUGUUUGGCUCCUGAGAAAAUAAAAAAAAGACUCAAAUUUACACCUGCUUCUGGGGAAUGUCUGUCGAAAUCUCUGAAUUGGCUUAUAGAAGAGAAGAAAGAAGCAAAUUAGGUGCUGAGCUACUUGAAGAGGGCAUGGCCACUGAGAAGUGUAAAUAUAAAUGUGCCUUUGACACCUGUGGGUCCCCUCAGUUGGACUCUCUUGAGCAGAGCCUCAUGUCCCCUUGUUUUCAGGUUCUUCCUUAGUAGCUUUUGUUAAUGUAAAAGGGCCUUGAACCAGCUGAAGAAGAAAAAGCCAAAGAAAUUUAAAACCUCAGAUGUUUUAAAUAAUUAGAUGAAAAAGAGACAUUUUAGAGGUUUCAGAAGAAUGGGGGACAAUAUGAAAAUUGGAAGCAUCUUGGGAAAGCAGAGACAUAUGGUAACCUUAAAAAUAUACCUCAGAAAUUCUGAUUUCACUGUCAAAACAGGAGUUGUGAGCCUUCUGCAGUUAUUAGCUCUUGGCUUUCUGAAUAAAUUGAUCUUGCAUCAUUCAAAAGCAAAACUUUAAUAUGAAAUUAUCAGAUAAGUUUGCCUACUUCCAUAGCAACCCAAUCAUUUUGAUAAAGUGUUUUUGGUAUAUAAUCUCAGCAGCAGUCAGCAUCAUAGUCACAGAGAUUCCCCUUUCCUUGCACUGGUGGCAUAUAGCCAGGAAACUGAAGUGUUUAGAAUAAUGGUAAGUAAUAUUUUGUUCCUUUAUACAAGCCUGGUUAGGUAAGGGCCUUUGUGUCAGAUCCCUCUGGGUGCAGGCAGCAGCCCUCAGUAGCAUGAGCAGCAAACUAGAUAAUUGCUUUGUUGGUUCCCAUCCAAUAAUAAUUUGUUUCUUGGGAACAACUUCAAAGCUUAAGCCUAAACUUAAAUCCUUCCUUCCUUGCUGGAAUUUUGAUUUAGUUUUCAAUGCUCUGAUGAAGCCUUCAUUGUAGAACUCAAGGCAUUUUUUUAAUGCAACAUAGAAAUAAUAAAUUCUUCUUAUUCCUGGUGGCUCUGUGGUAUGAAAUACAGCAGUUGGAAUCUGAUCUGUAUUACAGAAUUUAAAUAUUAUUUACAAUUCUAGUUUCAGAAAGGCAUUCUAGGCAAACUUCUUUCCUUAAGGCUGUACUUCUAACUCUAACUAAAGUAUUCCUGACAAAAUUGUUUGAGGGAAUUUGAACCUGUGAACUUCAUAAUCUCCUUUAAAAUUUGCAUAUCAUGGAUAUAGAGUGUUGGACAUGGAAGACGUGGUUUCAGAUCCCCAUUCAGGCAUGAAUCUCACUUUCACUCCAUCUAACCUCCUGUUAAAUCUUUUUGGAUUUGUAACUGGAGCCUCCUGGUUUGUGUACUGGUGUUGCUUGUGAUGAGUCACUUAAAGCUAUAUAGUGGAAAAGAAGGGCCACUAUUGUCCUCUCAGGUUCCAGGAGUGAUUCACCAUCUCUUAACAACAUGUUAGUUCCUCCUUAACCAAGCCUACAAGUCAGACCUCAGGUUCAGCUCCUUGGCAGCUUUGUUUUCAACUUCUCAGCUUCAUUGUCCAUUUACCUACUUGGUCCUCCUCUAUAUACCUGUCCCAGCCAACAUUUUUGAUGGACUACUUGGCUCUGGCUAUGAGAUCAACUCUGCUCCUAGAAUGACUCUCCUGCAUUGCUUUAGGCCGGUUUCCUACAUUAUGCCAUAACUCAGGUGUUCCAUCCAAUUCUGAUUCCAGUUGGUGCCAGGAUCUUAUACUUUCAGCCCUCUUCAUUUAUAAAAUGUGUAUACCACUUAGUACAAAAAUAAAUCUCUAGUUUACAUAAGAUAUAAAAAUGAAAAAAGAAGUCACAUAAAAUACAUCAACAGUCAAAUAAGGGCUAACCCCCCCCAAAAACAUACAGUAAACUCUAUGACCCAUCCCUGAUAUGUACCUCAUGCAGCUAAAGUGAGGAUAAAAUGUAAAUCCUUGAACUCUUUGUAUGAAGUGUGAGACACAAAUGUGAGGAAUAGUCUAAAUUCCUCUCCAAAUGCAGAACUAUGAAACUAUGAAUUUAGCUCCUACCCUCAAAGACAUUGAAUAGCUGGGCUCCUCACAUCCCCUUGCUCAUAGCAAAUGUUUUCAAACAAAAAGCUGCAUAUGCCACACCAACUUCUUAUUUGGAAUGAGUUUCAUUCACAGACUGAGAACCUUUACAUUGAGAUUCACUGAAUUGAAUUAACUCUUGCAGCCUUUCCUAGAUCAGCAAAGCUAAACGUCCUGUGGCUUUGCCAAACACCUCCAAGCAAAAAUCAUUAUGUGUUUAUUGGAAAUGAACAUAUGAAUGAAACAAGUAUUCAGUGUAGUGAAUCAUGACGGAGAGAGAAAAACCACCUGAACUGUCAGAUUAAAUAUGACAGAAAACUUGGUGGCGGCGGCGGCAUAUGUAACAGACGACUUCAAAACUAUUAAAGCAUAACCUCCAACCUGAGAUAGUUUCACUGGAAGUUGAGUACAAUUGGCCACAUCUGACCUAAGCCCAUAACAUAAAAAGGAAAACAAAAAUGCUUUCUGCAUGUUUCCCUAUUCCUUUGAAAAAAAAAAGCAAGAAAUCUGUGAAAAUGUCCCUGUUUCAAUAUGAGCUUCAGGAUUCCUCAGUGUUCAUAAUCUAUAUAGUGCACUGACCAUAAGAUUCAGUUGAGACUCUGAUCCAGUGCUUGGUAAACAGCCCACCUUGAUCCAAGGUGCUUUGUAGGCUGCUUGUUUAGGCUGGAGUCUGUCCAAGUUUGCUUCAUUUUCUCCCAUUCAUUAUGGUGAUGAUGGUGAACAGCUGUGUAACUCCCCCCCCCUUUUGACUGAAGUGGAUGAAAUUUGCAGGCAUACUAGCCCUUCAGUUUAAAGUUUGAUUUUUUUUAAAAAGGAAUUGUCUAUAACUUAAAAUUGUGUGUGGCAUUAGAUGAAAUUUGCAGGCAAAAUCAUUUAUUCUGAGGGCAUGAAUCCUGCCAGAUUUAAGAAGGAUAAUUGCUGUGCGUUUUUACUCAAUAGUAGCUCUUACAGUUUUGGUGGGCUGCAAAAGGAAUCAUUUACUCUUCCCAAUAUUUUGUGGGCAAUUGGUCUAAAAAUUAUAGACAUGAGAAAAGCGCCCAUAGGAAAGAAACCUGUCAAAUUGUUAUAAAUUGGUCCAGGGGCUUCAUAUUCCAGGCACUCUAGGUUUUUGCAGGGGUAGAAGUAAAAAAAAGCCUUGCUUUCUGCUGGGUAAAACCAUUUGGUGACUUCAAACUAGACCUUUUGGUCACAAAUGGAGUUCUCCCUCUGCCAUUUCCCCACCAAGACAGCCUCCCCCAAUUUGUGGCCUUCAUAUAUUUUGGACCACAACUCCCAUCAGCUCCAGCCAGCAGUUAUCAUAGAUGAUGGGAGUUGUAUUAAAAAAUAUUUUGGUCACCACUGGACUGGAGAAGCCUUUCCUGUGGUCUAGGUGGGAAAAAAACAUAACCCUGGCUAAGUAGAUUGGAUUUUAAUUUACUUAAUUAAAUUAUUAUUAUUAUGGUAUGGUUUGUAUCAUCAUCACCAUCAUCAUCAAAAUAAUGUAUUUAUAUACCACCUUUCUUCUAAGUUGGGAUUGAAGGUUGCUUGCAGUUAAAAAAACUUUAUAAAAUACAAAGUUAUAAAAACAAACCAGUUAAAAACAAUAAUUAAAAUAUAUCAGAACACAUUUAUAACCAGCAAUUAAAAUACAGUUUGCCCUGACAGCAGCCCAGUGAUCAGCACCAUACCUUAGUUUUCAAAGGCCUCUCUGAAUAGGAAGGUCUUAGCCUGUCAGUGGAUAAGAGGGAGCUGAUCUGACCUCUCUUAGGAGGGUAUUCCACCAAAUACUAUUACCAGCUACAGAAUAUUACUAUCAUAAGCUCUGUGGGGCAGUUGGUGUGUGGCCAGAGGUUGGUCUCAUGCCCCUUUUAACAUCAUAACUGUAUAGCUUAUUCAGAUCACACACACACACACAAAAACACAGAAUGCUACCUAGUGCUGAAUUUUUUUAAACAAAGCAGAAAUUCAUAUGGGCAGGGAUUAAGCCAAUUCUUAAUAUUAUAGCUUGGAAUGAGAUCUAGCACUCUAGAAAGAUUAUCUGUAUCAACCUGCUCAAGAGUUUUCAUUCAUUUUUUAAAAUGAAAAAUGAAUGCCUCUUGUUAGCCAGGACAUUUCUUAAGAUGGAUCACAAGUCUGAUUCACUAUGGCAACUCUUACAUUGCUAUGUUUAACUUGCUGCAAUUCAUUCACUCUAGGUAGUUAAAUGACAGCCUUUGUUCCCUAUUUACUAACACCGUGCCAUUAUUUUUCGGUUGUCAUAGAAAACAUGUUAUAGGAAGUAGACUCUAUUGAACUAACCCUAUCAACUGCUCUGUCAGCAGUUCAAGAUUUAGGGUGUAGGCCAGCAAUUGCUGCGCCUAUGUACUGCCUAUGGAACAGCUACCUUUUCUAAAUGCAGCAUAGAAGUGCCGCAUGAAGCUGUUGCAUAGCUUUUAAGUGAAGGGAGAGGGGCAGGGUGGGUGUGGGAUGCAAUGUAUUGUUAGAAACUAGUUUAAUAAGCUUAGCUAAAACCUGGAAUUUCCAUGUUUGGCACAGUUCAGGGGAACUGCUGCAGCCUGUCUUUUCCCCUGCAAUAUCCUAAAUGUUAUGUAAAUACUACCAUUUAUUGAAGGGAUGUGGGUGGCACUGUGGUCUUAACUACAGAGCCUACGGCUUCCUGAUCAGAAGGUCAGUGAUUCGAAUCCCCGUGACGGGGUGAGCUCCCGUUGUUCGGCCCCUGCUCCUUCCAACCUAGCAAUUCGAAAGCACAUCAAAGUGCAAGUAGAUAAAUAGGUACCACUCUGGCGGGAAGGUAAACGGUGUUUCUGUGCACUGCUCUGGUUUGCCAGAAGCGGCUUAGUCAUGCUGGCCACAUGACCUGGAAGCUGUUUACGGACAAAUGCUGGCUCCCUCAGCCAGUAAAGCGAGAUGAGCACUGCAACCCCAGAGUUGUUCGUGACUGAACUUAACGGUCAGGGGUCUCCUUUACCUUUACCUACCAUUUAUUACUUAAUAUUCAUUAAGAGACCCUGGGACCCUGGCUAUAACUGUAUUAAAGAGGAAAGAGAGUGAAGGGUGCCUAGCUAGGCAACAGAAGAUCCAACUGCUGACACUCAGCAGUUCCUAGGAGGACCAAGUCUUCCUCCUCCUGCCCUGCCCUUGGACCGUAAAAAGUCCUGCAGUCUUGGGGAAAAGGUGGGCACUGCUAUCACCAAAUCAAGGGUGCAGCAGGCCCCUUCCCACUUUAUUACUUUGCCUACAGGGUUCUGGGUACAUUGCAAAGCACAGUGCUGAUGAGACCCGGCCAUUUAUUUUUCCUUGAGGUGUGUAUCCCUCAAAAUCAGGAUGUGCAAAUGUGCAUCAUAGCCCUUGUGUCCUGAGUCCUUUAAGUACCUAGAAACACUCCUGCAUCGAUUGGCAUAUGUGCUAGAGGCAGUAGAAGCUGUUACAGUGUUCUUGUAGUGCAUUUUUUCUUUAAUCUAUACAAGCUGCUGUGGGGAUCCUGCUGGACCUAAAGCUGGGAUAGAAAACAAAAUACUAAAGACAUUCCAGUUUUCAUAGGUCAUACUGGUGCAACUGGCACACCUAACAUUUAGUAGUAGCUUAAUAGGACUGCAGCUGCCUGUGUAACAUGAUGGAUGAACUACACUUGCCAUGCUUAGGAUGCCGCUUUCACUGCAUGACAAUGAGAUCUUCUGCGUUUUGUUGUAGCUUGGUGAGUCUUUGUGGGAUUAUAUAGGAUGCACUAGAUCCCAUUCAACAGCAAAAAAGAAAGAAAGAAAGAAAGAAAGAAAGAAAGAAAGAAAGAAAGAUGGGAAUUUAAUGAUUUUCAAAACAAUGUUGGGUCAUUUGUUUUUAGAUGUUCUUGUUAAUGCCCAUUCUUUACACUACAAUCCAGCCCUCCUGUACACCGGGGUGGUGGGGCAAAUAGGUCAUUUGGGUGGACCUAGGUGUUGUUCCACCCAGCACUGCAGGUCUCUGCUGACCUCUGCCUGUGGAGUGACACCAGCAUCACUCUACCAGUAUGGAGCUCCCUGCUCUACCCACAAAAGUGCCACCAGUGGAAUCCCCGAUGGCAGCAGCCCAUGAAUACCCCUAGUUGUUGUGCCAAUUUCCCUGCUCCCUCACUUUCCACCACAGCCAUGAAUGUGGUGACGGCGGCCCCACUGCCCCAUCAAACCCCAGUGUUCACCAGCUGAAGUUUGGAUUGCAAGCUUAACUAUUAGGAAGCACUGAAAGUGCUCUGUCCUCUGAAACCCCAUAUGCAUAUAGGCCUCCUGGAAUUCCUACUCACUUUAGCAGUCUUGAUCUCUCUGUUUCUCUGACUGUGGAAUACUCGUAUGUUUCAGAUUUACAAGAAUUGUGUCAUUGUCAUACUUUGUUUGAUAGGUAGAUAACAGAGUGGGACUCGGUGAUCUGAUAUACAGGGUACAAGAUGGUAUUCCUUUAUGACAAUGGAAUUCAUUGCCUCUAUGACGUCUAAAUUAGAGAGGAAUACUUCACGGUGAGCAAAAAGGUUGUAUUAUUUAUUGGGAUAAUUUGGAACCUAUCAUUUUCUUAUACCGAGCAAAUUAAAUUCUGGCCUUUACUUACAUCAUCCUGUCUAUAAUGGCACCAAUGCAUAAGUUUAACGUUUUAGAAAGAUGGCAUACUGGACUGUUUUUCAUCCGAUAUUUUCACUUGGGGGCGGUGGCUGCUCUGUAAUUUCAACAAGGGCAGGAGGUACCAAACUGUUUUUCUAUGAAAAGUUGCCUGAGGCCGAAUGGCAAAGACAGCAGAUGAAUACAGAAAGCUUUGGAAAGAUCUUAACUUCUCAGGAACAAGAAUAUGUGCAGUGAUCUGUUUUCAGUGAGAGAUCUGUAACCACUUAUUUCAGCUCUAGAUUUCCUGCUUCAAGAAGGAAGUCUAGAUGACCUACAAGGUCCCUCCAACUCUGUGGUUUCCUGCUCCCUCCUUCAUAAUGUUCAACCCUCCUCACAACCUGUUUCAUUUCCCCAUUAUCUCUCCUUAUCUCUGCUCUCCGCCAUUCAUCCAGAAUCUCUUCAUAGCUCAGGUCGUGUGCACACGUGUAGCCAAGGUGGGGACGGAGGGGCAGCCCCCCCUCCGAAUAAGUAAAACAAUAGGAAUACUUAACUAACUGACCAGUCACGUCAGUUCUGCCCCCCCCCCCAAGUCCUGCCCCUCUUACAAAAAUCCUGGCUACACCCAUUACCAGCUUAAAACACAGCCAAGUUGUUCUCUUUCUCAAUUCAGAUUGAGGUCAGUUGGGUGGGGGGAGAGCACAUAAAAUGCAGUAUUUCAUAUGAAACAAUGAAACAAACAAGUGGUGGGUACAUGGCCAAAAUCCCCAAGCCUUUCCUCAUUAGCAUACUGCCCCUAAAGCAGAAACUCAGCCUUCAUACAUACCAUACAUUAAAAAUCUCAUGGCUUCCUGCAAAUAAUCCUGGGAACUGUAGUUUACCCCUCACAGAGCUUCAAACCACAGUACCCUUAACAAACUACAGUUCCCAGGAUUAUUUGGGAAAAGUUGUGUGCUUUAAAUGUAUGGUGUGGAUGGGGUGGGGUGGGGCAGAGAGCUGGAACUUUGAACUCACCAUUUUUGCAAAUGCUGUUUAAUUUAUUUAUUAAAAUUCUAUACCACCCUUCAUCUGAAGAUCACAGGGGGGUUUAACAAUAUAAAAACCACGAAAAUAUAUAGCGUUCUAACAAACAAAAACAACACCCCCACAGUUUAAAAGGCCAUCAAUUUCAGGUAGAGUAGUUGUUUCUGCAGUCUGGUGAUUCUCCUAGCAGUUCAGGAGUGAUGGCCCAAAUAGAUGGUAUUUUUCUACUUAUGUACUGGGUUUUUGUUUAGUAAACAGCAGUUGUGUGGUGAGAAUCUAGAUUAGGGUUGCCAUCUUUCAAAAAGUGAAAAUCCAGACACAAGUGUUGUUAAGCUUUUUUUCUUUCUUUUCAAAAAUGAAGUUUUUGAGCUAUUUUAAAGGAGAUCCGCCUUAAAAAUUGAGACUUCCAACUUCAGUUGCCAUACAUCCGGAUUUCCCCAGACAUUUCAGCAAUUUCUGCCCAGACACUGCUUCCAACUGCAUGAUUCCGGCUAUGUCUGGGAAAUUCUGGACAUAUGGCAACCCUAAGCUAGACAGGGAGUGCAACAGCUGAAGCAGAGUCUUCCUCCAAACCAUGGUUCGCAUCCAAAUCCUUCCAGUUGUUCUUUAGUAAACAAAAAGUCAAGCCCACAAUGCCGUUCCUGGCAAGUGUCUGGAAAGUUGUGUGGGCUGCACUUUUCUAACACUAUUCCCACAGAGGGCAAAAGCUAAUUAAUUGUAACUGAAGAGUGAGCUAAUCGUUUGUCUAAUUCAGCAAGUUUGAAGUAUCUCUGAAAGUGGCUAAUUGUCAGAUGAAUAUGCACCAGCAUUAAAAAACAACCACAACCACUGUGCAUUAUAAUCAUACUAUAGAAAAAUGCCCAACAAUCAUAAAAGUGAUCAAGCUUUAAAACAGCAGCAGUAUUCUCCAAACUACCUUUAUUCUGCCUACCCUGUUCUGUAUGAGUCUCAUUUAUACUUUCUCAACCCUUUUUGAAAAAUCUUAGUAUUUUUCUAAUCAUUCUUUUUUUUUGUCAGUUAAUUUCAUGCAUAAAUUAUAGGUUGCACGACUGAGGUUUUGUUAUAUCUAUUUUCCUUUAAAUUUCACCACAAACCUUUUCUUGCAGCCUACUGGUCUUUCUAUGCCAUUUAUUAUUAUAUAUAUCCUCUUAAUCUCAUUUUCCUUUUCAUCCUAAAUUUUCCUGUGGUCAAAGCCCGCAAGCCUUACUCAUGCUAAUAGCACUAACUCAGUGGUCUACUUUCAUAAUUGUGGCAGUGGAGCAGUUAGUUGUUAAUUUAUUUAAUAACACCACCACCCCAGUGCCAUAACCCACAUAAUUUCCUUUAACCAUUUUCCUAUUAUACUUACAUACACAUUGGUCCUUCUGAUAUGAAUUCAAACCCCUUGCAUAGCUAUAAUGGCUCCUGCCUUUGGAAAGGUAACAAUCAAAAUGUCUUUCUGCAAUUUAUUUUAUAUAAUAGCGCUCUCUCUCUCUCUCUCUCUCUCUCUCUCUCUCAUACACUCAUAAAUAAACCUAAAGCAGUUAGGAAAAUCAAAAUCUUUAUGUACUGACUCAAGUUAGGUAAUCAGACAGUUAUGUAGGGCCAACAGCAUGCAAUGAGGAUCAUAAUGUGCACCUCAUACUUUUGAACACAUGAAAAUAAAGAAAUAAAUAACCACACAAUAAAUAUAUAUAUAGGCAAUGGAAAUGUUGGAAAAAAGAAGUCCAGAUUGCUUUACCCUCCUUGAGAAAGCAAAAGUGUAGCUGUGGUUCAGUGUGGCACUCAGAAGACAGGAGCUCCAGGUGUGGAGCAGUGGUGACAGUCAAUAAUUACAGACCUUGCUGCCUAAUAAAUAUGCCAUUGCGGUGAUCGCAGGUGUAAAUUAAGACAUGUCACUGCACACAGUGCAAAAGAGCUUUGUUUUAAAAUAAUGUCCUAAACUGCUGUACACAUAUAUUGUAAGCCUGUUCUGCCAUGGUACUGCAGGGAUGUAGUAUGUAUUCAAAAAACAACAACAACCCCCACCCCCAACACAUUAUAAUUAAGAGUUCUUCUACCCCAACAGCUUCUUCCUUGUUAUGGCAAAAGCCCAGGCUUGAAAAGUAAGGAGUUGCAGCCCCACCACUAGCCUGUUAAAGAGUGCUUCCUCGCCACCUUGCCUAUUGGGCCUGUCUCAUACCUCUUGUCAUGAGUUUGCUAGCCCAUUCCACUUAUUCAUCUUUCAGUGAACAUCAUAAUGUUUGAAGGAGAGCUGCAUGUUGGUAAGUAAAGUGGGACACAUUGGGAGCUAUGAUUAGUUCUAGCUUUCUGCUUAAUGUCUCCAUCUUGUUUACAGUGAUGGGACCUCCUCUGCACAUGUUACAGAUGCUUUCUAGGGGGAUGUGUGAUGACCAAGUGACAACAGUGUCUGCUGUGUCAAUUGACCCUGCUGACAAUCUGCUUUUGAAAAUAGUGACUGAAGGUUAUUUAAUUAUUUGUUUAAAACACAAAGAACUACCCCUGCAGCAUGUUCCACAUUUUAGGCUACAUCCUGAGUCAAUGUCUGUCAUAGGUGCCGAUUCCCUGGGGCCCUGGGGCCCCGAGCACCCACAAAAUUCCCCAUGAAGGAAAAAACUAAGCUGGAAACGGAGUUGUUGGACUCUAAAGUUAAAAACUUGCCUAAAAUGUAUAAUUUAUUGUUGGAGUGGCAUACAAAGGAUGAAAAAGUUAAAUCUGUGGAUGAUAGAUUGGGCAAGAGAUGUGGGUCAUAACAUAAUGUUUGAAGGUUGUGAAGAAAAGGGGUCAAGUUCACUGCAUGUAUGGUGUUAAAGGAAAAUAUUAUGAAAAUGAUGUAUACAGUGGUACCUCUGGUUACAUACUUAAUUUGUUCUGGAGGUCUGUUCUUAACCUGAAACUGUUCUUAACCUGAAGCACCACUUUAGCUAAUGGGGCCUCCCGCUGCUGUUGCACUGCCGGAGCACGAUUUCUGUUCUCAUCCUGAAGCAAAGUUCUUAACCUGAGGUACUAUUUCUGGGUUAGCGGAGUUUGUAACCUGAAGCGUAUGUAACCUGAAGCGUAUGCAACCCGAGGUACCACCGUAGAUGGUACUUAUCUCCUGUCAAAUUAGCAAAGAUAUAUCAUAAUAGUGAUAAUCUAUGCUGGAAAUGUAAAGAAAAAGAAGGUACCUUUUAUCAUAUGUGAUGGACCUGCCCCAAGGUGAAAGACUUCUGGGAGAAGAUUUAUAAUGAAUUGAAAAAAAUGUUGAAAUAUACAUUUAUUAAGAAACCAGAGGCCUUUUUUCUUGGAAUAAUAGGUUUGGAAUUGCCCAAGAAAGAUGUAAGAUUGUUUUUGUAUGCCACAACUGCAGCUAGAAUUUUGUUAGCUAAGAAUUGGAAAACACAAGAAGUUCCAACAGUGGAGGAAUGGCAGAUGAAGAUGAUGGACUUUUCGGAGCUAGCCGACCUGACUGGAAGAGUCCACGACCAGAAGGAGGAGGAGUACCAGAGGGAAUGGAUGAAAUUUUAAGACUAUUUAGUUAAAUAUGCUAAGAUAACUUAACUGGGAAUACUUGCAAAUACCAGAUAGGCUUAGGAUUUAAAUAGGUGAUGUUAGAGAAUAAAAUGUUUAAAGUCAAAAUGAAAAGAAAGAAUGAUGUUAACUGAUUAAGUUAAUUUUAUGAGAAAUUUAGUUUUGGAAAACUGUUACAAUGAUAUACACUGAAAUUCAGCCAGGGGGAUUAGAGGAAGUCACCUAAUAAUGUUAUGAAGAUUAGGUAUAGAUAAGAUUUGUGUUUGUUUUAAAAUUUUUGGGAAAUCAAUAAUUUUUUUUUGAAAAAAUUAAAUUCUCCAUGAAGGGGCCAGGCACCCACAAAUUUCAGUGCCAGGGCCAUGCACUCUGCAUGGCACCCACGGCCCCAGACACCCACAGUUGUGGGGCUGAGUUGCCACUCCUGGUGUCUGUCUGUUCCUUGUAGCAGGAUUCCUUGGAAAUGUCCCAUCACCUUCUUAGUUUCUGGAAGAAAAAAUAUUACCAUAACAGAGAUCUUGAAAAAUGAAAUGAGCAAAACCAGAAUCAAGACUAAGAACCUUGCUCUCUUAAAAAAGCUUUUGUCUGCCAGGACAAGGAAGGUGCUGCUUUGUUGCCUUGCCUAACUCAUGUGGAGUCCUGGUCUGGUGCUAAAUAGUUUUCUAUUAAUUUGCAAACUGAGUGAACCAUUCAAGAUCCUCUCCAAUUGGAAGUUGACCCUUUUGGCCACCCACCCCUCCUUCAUAACUGAUGGCUUUUGGCCUCUGACUUCAUGCGCACACAAAUGCGAAGUGCCUGACACGUGUGAUUGCGCCGGUGUAACAUGUGACACGGUGGAACAGGCACCAAGUGAAAAGGUUUCUCUGUCACCAGAACUUUGGCAGAUUAAACAUUCUAUGGCCUUUUAAAUGUGUUUGUGGGUGUGGGGGUUAUUGGUUUGUUUUCGUUUUGUUAUGUAUUUUGUGUUACCAUUUUGUAUUUUUAUGUUGUUAACUGCCCUGUGGUCUUUGGAUGAGGGGUGGUACAAGAAAGAAAGAAAGAAGGUGAGCAUAUGGAUGCUACCCGUGUGUAGACCUUGGGUCACAAAACAUGUUCUAUAUGUGGGGGAAGCACUUGCGAUCUUGGGGGGGCUCAAUCCUGUACAGAGCUCAGUGUGUCUAAAUCUACUGAAAAGAGUGUGUAGCACUGAGGUGUGUGUGUUUGUGUGUACUGGAAAUCUCAGGGGCCUGUGUGAACCCAUCCCAUAGUCACAGGCACCCAGUUAUGCUGAUUAGAGACUGGUUGGCAGGUGAACUUUCUGCACCUUUGAAGUGCAUAUUAUGGAUGAAGGUGGAAUUCCUAUAUAGUCAGUGAUUUUGAGUGUGCAGCCCUACAGACUAUGAAGGGAUGGCAGUUACUUUUGUUUAACUAAUAUGGUCUACAUGGAUUUCUUGUUUUUAUCUUGUUUUAUUGCGUGAACCGCCUUGAGACCUGCAGAUGAAGGGUGGUAUACAAAGCUAAUAAAUAAUGGUAAUAAUACAAUCCAGAGGUGUGGGAAGAAGUUUUCCAAAGGUGUGAGGAUGCUCAGAUCCAGAGCUCUUUUGCCUAAAUGCUACUGCUAUGUUUCAUUUGGGGAGAGUGGAACCUCCGUGUGGGGAAGGGGCCUGAGUCUUUUCAGCUUUAUUCCCCACCGCUUGGCUACUUAAUUUUGAGGGUGGCCAUGAAUGUGCCGGCCUUAAUUGCAGAAUAGCCGCCUGGGUCUCCUGCUGGCCUCCCCACCGCCUGCCUUUCUUCACCGAUCUCGGGAUCGGCGCUAGGGAAGCUCCACCAGCAGCAAGCCCCGCGGGGAAGGAAGUCAAGAAGGAAAACCUCAGUGAGGCUCUUUCCUCGCCAACAACCUGAGAAGCUCUCUAGAAGGGAAGUUUUCUCCGGGAUGGCGAGCGGAGGCCCAGCCUGGCUGAGGUCACCGAUUGCCCCCCAAUCCCGCUCGCUGGCGCCGCUCGCGGUUCUCCGCUGUCGCCAGUAGGAGGCGCUGAGAGGCUGGGCGAAGCCGGCGCUUCUGCCCUCGGGCUACGUGACGUUGGCAGCUGUCUCAGCCAGUGGCUCAGCAAGCGAGGCGAGGAAGCCAGGCCCAGAAGAAGAAAUGCCUCCUCCGCCUCCAUUUCGAGGCUGAACGCGCGCGCGCGCACACACGCGCACACACUUGUACAGAACCAGAUUCAUUGCGUGGAUGCGUGUGAAUGCUGGAGACUUCGUAGGCGGGCGCCUGGGAGAGUGACCCUCCCCGGCCCACCGGCCCAGCUCCCCACUUGGGUCCCCAGGAGCAUUUUGCCUUGCGCCCCAGAGAGUGCACCUUACAGGAGACGUGGCUCCUUGGUUCCUCCCACCCCCACCUCCUCUCUCUCUCUCUCUCUCUCUCUCUCUCUCUCUCGCCAUGGUUUUCACCUUCCUUUCCUUUCACCACCAGCAACACCUCCGAGGAAUUCCGUGGGAUUAAUUUUUCCUGUUAUUUAUGAUUGCAGAGGAGGACGAUGCGCGCGGGCAUCUCUUCCGGAUUGCGCUGAGCCGCGAUCGCUCGCCCGUUCCGAGAAGACCCUGCGUGUGAGCUGCGCGGACCCGAGUGUGGUCCAUCUGCACUGGCCCUCUGCCCCCUCCCCAAAAGGAGGAGAGAGAGAGAGAGGGAGGGAGGGAGUGGGGGGAAGGAAAAAGAAAACCACACACCCACCCCAGCCCAGGCAGCUCCCCCGUGGACUUGCCAGUUGUUGCUCGUGGGAAGAGGCUCUUGCCGGUACGUAAUGGGCUCUUCUCCUCUAGCGCACGAUGGCUCGUUGCUUUUUCAGCUGGGAUUGGGAAGACCGUGCCCUAAGCAGCCCGUGUCUCGAUCCGCCUCCCCUGCAUGCAACAACGCCUAGCUAACAGGUAACCGAUGGACGGCGGGGAAGGGGCUGCCGGAGAUGAAGCUGCUGCUGCUGCCAUUGCUCCCGUAGACACACGUUGCAGGUGAUGGGCGCUGGGCAGCAGCCCCGCGUGCCCGCCAGCGGCGCGUGUGCAUCUCCCCGCCACCUUCCCAGAACAGCCAAAUGCAGCCUCGCUGCUCAGCCCGGAGACCCCCGCCCGCCUCCCAUUCAUUCAUUCCUCCAUUCAUUCCCGGGGGUUGGGGGUGGCGGUGGGUUGAGGAGGAGGGGUGGGGGGUGGGGAAGCGACCGCCGACAUGUCAGCAGCAAUGCAGAUGGGGUUGGGAACGGCACUUGCUCGCCAGCGAAAUGCUCCUCGCGAGUGGGGGGCUGGCUGUCGUGCGCACGCGCUCGUGUGUACGUGUGUGUGUGUGUGCGCGCGUUACGGGGUUCCUUCUCUCGGUGGUUUCUCGCUCGCCUGUUUCUCCAGUUCGCCUCGGUGCCCGUCCCAGCAACGGCACAGCUAGAGCAUCUCUGAAAUAUUUAUAGAGCCGUGCCAGCUGUUGGCCAUUCCUUUAGUGGGGGCUGAUGUGGGGAAAUGCGUUUUCCUUGCCAUUCUUGGAAACGUGCUAGUGCCUCGCUACGGGAGCGAUUCGGUCUUUCUCGCAGCCAGCUCAAUACCGACCCUCUCCCCCUUUUUUCCUUUUCAGGAGGGGACGCCUGGGGAAUAAUCAUGCUUCUCAGAGGACCAGCACCGACAUCCGCGACAGCCAGAGCCAGCCCCUUCUACUAGGGCUCACAGGAAUAUAUAUUUAUAUAUUUCUAUUGUAUUAUCUGCAUCCUUAGAAGAACCAUCACGAUUUGGUGUGUUUUUUUUAAUGAUCUCUAUGGAUCCUGCAUUUUAUGACCCUCCUCUCCACACGGUCUGAUUCAUCUUCGAAGCCGAUCUCUCUCUCCCUCCCUCUCUCAACCUCGUUUUACAUUUGCACCGCUUCAAGACACAAAGAUUGCCAAAGCCGAGCCUUCUUGCAAGAAAAAGAUUUUUCUCCCCCUCCAAUUAGAAACAUAUUGCAUCGCCCCCUCCCCAUUUGCUCCCCAAACCUCAUUCUUCUUAUGUGGAUAUGCAAGCAAGAAGAGGAGACUGGAUACUCCCAACAUGCUCACUCCCUUAAUCUGUCCGCCUAGAGGUUCUGCUUCUACAAACCAAGGUAGGAGGGGGGGAAAGGUCUUCGCCUCUCUCUUUCUUUGCUGGAAAGGUGAAGAGGGGGUGGCGGGGGUGGGGAAGAGAAAAUCUGCCAUGGAAAAGUAGCAACUCAUGUUUAGGGGCUCAUUUGUACGAAUGGCACGAACCACCCGCCCAGCAGCAGUAGCUCAAGCUCACAAAAGAGCCAGCCAUGCUGUUCGGAGAGCAGGUACAAUUUUAAGAUGGGGAGCAGUGCAGACAUGUUGAUUCCUCCUUCGCUUGGCUCCUCAGUUGAGAUGGAGCAAAAGGAGGCAAGCCGCCCCCCCCCCCCCGCAGCUUCCCGCCUGUCACGACGGUGUCGCGGCUCCUCUGGCGCUUGCAAAGGGGGUGGGGGGGGUGGGGCAGGAGGCAGGUGUCUAGGACAGGAUCAAGAUGGACUUGCCUCUCCCCCUGCAUGCCCGAGUCCCUUGGCCUUGGCGAGCCGCUGGGGCAGCCGCCUCCUCGCCCUCCCCCGGCGGCCAAUCGAAGUGUGCAACAUGGUAGUGGGCUGGCAAGAUGGUGCAUUCAGUCUGGCUGGAGCGUGGCAGGCAGCGGUGGCAGCAGCGGCAGCAGGAGGCCCUGGAGCUCGGGGGGAGGCCUGAUGCAGCGAGGCGGCUUCUCCCGGGAUGGGCAGCUGGCCACUGGCCGCCAGGGGGCUUGCCCUCAAGAGAAGGGGCAGGAGCAGAGCAGGCGGCCCAGGGAGUGGGCAGGUGCAGGAGGGCUGCUCCACGUCCAAGCCCGCCAGGAGACAGGCUGCAAAAACCCACUGCAUGCUUGGAUGGUCUUAUUUAUUUAUUUAUUUAAGGCUGCUUCGGGUUUGCAUUUCUGGCUGGUGGUUUUCACCCCCGAGGUCUCCGUCUUCUUCCACCCCUCCUCUCUGAUCGAGCCAUGCAGCUUCUCUCUCUCUCUGCCCCCCCCCACCCACUUCACACACGCGUUCGCGAGCGAACUGCUCCUCGCUAGAUGCAAAAUGGCUCUCUGGCUGCUCGGCGGUGCCUACGCGACACACAUCCCCCCAGUGUAGGCACGAGAGAAAUUGGACGUGCUCGUUUUCCGUAAGAUGGUGGCAAGACAAAGGAGGACGGGCUCUCUCGCGAGUGGGUGUGGAUGGCGAGGCGCUGCUGUUGCUGCCUGAGGAGAAACGCGAGCCAGGGCGUUAAUUUGAGUCGCCAUCCAGCCGAGGGGGCUGCCCUCUCCUCCGCUUCGCUUGCCCCUCCGGAGCGGUCCUCGGCCCCCGCUUCCCCGGGCCCCUGUGCCUCCUUCCACCCCACCCCAGCGGCUCAGAGGGGCUUUUUCUAUGGCCACCUUCGGAGCGGGGGUGGAAAGGACUGAACUUCCAGGCCCCCGAGGGGCUCCCUCAAGCUCCCGGCCCGCGGCCCCCGCCGGCCUCCCAGAGCUGCCCACGUUCCCGCAGCCGCGAGAGGCUGCUCGCAUUCCGAGGCGGGGGGGGGCGGGGAAUCACGGCCGCCAAGGGCGAAGCCGGCAGCGUGGAGCAACGGACGGCGCUGGGCCCGGUGGCCUGGCUCCGUCCGCGCCUACCACACCCCCUCGGGCUGCCUGUGGGCGAGACGGGUGGCGAAGGACCGCGCGGGGGUGAGGCGGGCGGCGGAGGCUGCCGCGCCUCUUGGCGCCCCCGAGGGGAGCGGAGGCUCCUUCCUCCUCCUCCUCCUCCUCGGUCCCCCGGGAGCGUUGGGCAGGCGGGCGGCGGGGCCAGGAGACGGAGCGCCCGGCUCCUCCGGCGCUCUUCUCCCGCGAGGCGGGCGGCCCUUGGUGGCGAGGGAGGGAAGGGCGGGGGCGAGGGAGGAUCCCCUUCCCGCCACGUUUGCCUGGCGCGUCUAUAAAUAGCGCAGGAUCUCGGUGACAUCGGCCUGCGUCCCCCUCGCCGCGAGUGGGAGUCGAAAGUUUACCUGCGCGGGGAGAGAGCGCGGGCGGGCGUGUGCGCGAGGGGCGGGGCCCGCGUGCCGGGGCAGAGGGGGCGUGGCUAGCUGCCUCGGAAAGGGCGGGGCUCCCUCCCUCCGCUCGGGCAGGUGUGCGCGCUGCUCGCGGGGCUGCUGCUGCCGGCGCCUCCUUCCCUCCUCCCCUGCCUUGCGGCACUGCUUCGGCGCCAGGGGACCGGGGUUGGACCCGUGCCCUCGUCCCGCCCUUCGGGCUUUCCCGCCAAGAAGCGUUCGCGGCUGGCGGGACGGAGCGGACUGCCGAGCGCUUGGCGGGAUCGUAGAAGCGCCGGCUGCCUUUCCCACGCCCCCUUCGCCGGGGGCACCUCGACUACGGAGAGAUCCCUUCCUUAGGAUCGCUGCGGAGCGCAGGGCGCGGACUUGAGAGCGCAGCACGCCCCGGGAAGGAUCCCGCGAGCUUUUCGUCUUUUGCUCGAGGGCGUGCAGGCCGCGCAUGGGGCAUGCAGGCGGGGCUGGGCAGCGCUGCGGAGAUCCCGCGCAGUGGCCGCCGCGCCGGGCGGCGGAUGGGUGGCCUCGAGCGAUGCGCUUGCCUUGCGGAGAACUUUCCUCGAUGCACCUGAGCUGCUCCUUCGGUUCUCCAGUGAUUCUCGGUUGCGUUUCGCUCGUCAUUCCAAUGCACGAAUGUAGACGUUUCGAUGAGGCGCUUAAAAUAUAGUUUGGAGCUCUCUCCUAUUAUUUGUGUCAUAGGAAGUGAAUGUGGCGUGAGAAGUUUAGAACGCAGAAAGGAAACUGGAUGCACAUUCUUACCAAGGUCUGAGUUUUAGACUCAAUGCAAACUCAUUUAAGCUUCACGUGUGAAAAUAUCCCUAUAUAUGAUUAGAAUGCAGGUUGCAGUGGUCACAGGACACUUAAUGCACCUUUCCCCACAUCUUCACAAACUGGAAUGGACCCACAGUUUUAAAACUGGCCUUUCCUGCUUUCUAUCUCCAUCAGUAGCAAUCACCUAUUCAGGCAAAUAGGACAGGAAGGCUGAAAUGCAAAUUGUGCAUCAUGAGAGCUAAUGUCACUCACUAGGAUUCUCUCCUGCUUUGCUUUAAUAAUGCUCACAAAUGAUGCAUUGGAAGGAAUCCGAUUUAAAGGUAUCCAGAGCCUCAUCUGUGAAAAUGCCAUUAGCCUCUAAAUUCUCCAGUUCCAAAGCAGUCCAAACAUAGGGAAGUCCAAACAAGGGAAGGGGAGCAGCAGCUCCAGGUCUUCUAUACUCAGGUGCACAGUUCGACUUCUUCAGUUCUCUUCAAACAUUGAUUAAAUGUAUUUUCAGCCACCUCUUUAAUCUAUUCUACUUCAUGCCACCACUAUUUGCUACUUCUCUUGCUUGAAUCAGUGUACAAGUAGUACAAUCAACCAACAACAGAAUACAUCCAACAAAAUGUAGGCCUCUCAAAUCACAGUAUGGUUCCCAAAUAGCUUGGGCAACUUGGCUAUGUGGGAAAGGCAUACAAAGCCACUUCUAUCCUUGAAUCUGGAAUAAUCUGGUUAAUAAUCUGGACCUUCGUUCUUUUCCCAUUCCAAUUCAUUGGAUGCCUGCUGUUAAUUUGGUAUGUGGGUUGGUGAACUUCAAAGAGGCUUCAAAACAUAAGAGCUCUGCUGAAUCAGACUAAAGUCCCAGCUUGUCCAAAAGUGUAUUCCCACAGCGGCCAAUCAGGUGCCUAUGCUAAUCCCACAAGCAGGACAUUAAUGCAACUUCACUUUCCCACUCAUGAUCCCCCAAAGUUUGCAUUCACAGGCAUACAGAGGCUGAUACCUGAACUAUGAAUGCCAUUAUUGGGACUAAUAGCCACUGAUAGCCUUAUCCUCCAUGAAUUUGUCUACUUUCCUGUUAAAGCAGCCCAAGUUGGAUGCCAUUGCAACAUGUUAUGGAAAACAGAUGGGGUUAGGACUGCAGUAAAAUUACGAACUAACUUGUACAAAGUCUGACUGGUGACAGAAGAUGGGCAGGCAGAUUAGGAAGUGAAUGGUAAAGCAAUGGCAAAGGAGUGGCAGAUAUCUGUGGAAGGUCAAGGUGGGAGGUGUGACCCUAGUUAGCUGUGACUGCAUUAAAAAUGACAGCAUAAUUACCUAUUCAUUCACAGUGAGAGAUACUAGCAUACACAUAUUGAUAGGCAUAAACUUCAGAUGUUAUGUAGAAUAAACAAACACAAUGUGAUACAUAUACAUUCAGAUGUAUACACACACAUUAUUCCUGGGACAUAUUCACCAUAUAGAUAAAGAACAUACCAACCACGAUAGGUAGAUGAAAAUAUGGAAUACACAUCAUGCAACAUUAUCAUGAAUCUACUCUUGCAUACUGACAGAAGAAGACACAAAAAGAAAUGUACACUGAUACAUGCACUCAUAGAUGAAGAUGAUUAACUCCUGAAGUGACCAUAUGUAAAUAUAAUAGCUAUUUAAUGCCAAGGCCAGGUUUGAAAUAUGUGACGUAAUUGCCUUUGAAUCUGCAGCAUUUUUACAGUGAUUACUGGAAGUUGUUACAGGACAUUUUUUCUAUGCAGAGAUAUCAAUGUAGUAACCACCACACAAUCUCUGGCACCCAUUUAUACAUAUUGUAUAAACUACUUGUUUAGUUUGUUUAGUUUGCCGUGUUUCGACAUGUUGGGAAGUCACAGUGCAAGCAGCUUCCAAAAACUGAAAAAUUGAUACUUGUGAAUUCUUUGGGUCUACACAUUUUUUUCAGUAGAUGCAAAUUAUUUCUAUAUCAGAAAAACCCCAUCUGUGAAGUGGUCUUCAGACAAAAGCCCCAGAUAACCUGUAUAAAGAUACAUACCAAAUGGAUGUAUCUUUCAGGGAAGUUUGAGCUGUAGCAGCUCUCAUUUUAGAAAUCAGGGCUGCAAUCCUCUGCACACUUGGUAGUAAUCCCUAUUGGACUCCGUAGGAUUUAUUUGCAUGUGAACAUGCAGAGUUCUGUGCUGCAGGAUUAGUACAGCAAUGCAUAUCACAAACAGUAUCACACAAAAAAUCACACAUAGAUAGCACAAAAAAGUGCACAGAAAUUAAAAGAAAAAUAGGAAAAUAGUGACUAUUGUUGCAUCUGCUUCCCGUACCUUUUAACUGCAACGCUAAAAAUCACAGUAAUGACCUUCAUAUUUUCCCAUAAUGAAAGAACCAUUAAAAUAAUGUUUAAAUUAAAAUAUGUGAUGCUGACACACAUACAUUUUAGUUUAUGUAGGAGCAGUCAGAGUGUAUAUAUAUUGUUACCGGCCAACCCAGUCUUUCCUGAGCGGUGCACAAGAUUUUAGGAGUCCUGGCACUUAACCGGGGUUUGUGUUUCCUUUGGAAAGGAGGCAUAACGGAGGCUGUAGUGUAUUUAUGAAAUAUGGUUUAUUUACACCUGAGUCUACUACUGAAGGAGUUUCCAGCAUUCACACCUCAGGAGGGGCUUGCUUCCUGCAGGAGCACCACAUUGGAUUAAAAGGCACCCAAAGCACCACCUCUGUCUAUCUCUUCCAGCUUGCCUCUGCCAGCCUGCUCAAAGUUCUCCUCCUGCCUGGCUUUUCAAAUUUUAAAAGGCCUCUUAAAAAAAAAAAAAGGCUACAAUUUUCCCUUCAGCUACCAUCACUGUGCACUUGGAACUCCCCCUCCCAGCUUACAUCAUCAAACACUGAAAUCCUAAACUUGGCCAUUGUAUCUGUGCCCCAUCCCCUCACGGGAGGAAGGGCUCAUACUCUUCUGCUUCAGCGUAGGGUAACUGUUUGUGUCAGUCACGCAUUGCCUUCCGUUUACUGCAUUAUGGUUCUUCUCCCCAGGUACCGGUAAUUCCUGGCUAGGAAACUGAUUCAGCCUGCAUUUCUACACUGCUAAACUGUCUCACACCUGGGUGAAGACUUCAAGCAUUUAGUAAUCUACAUUUACUAAUUUAAGAAAUUAUUGGUACCCAGGACUUUUAGCGGACUCAACUCCCCGCAACUAAUAUCAAUAUAUAUACACUGGGAACUAUUGUCUAUCAAAAAUUCUCAGUUAGCUAUGGAGUUGUAAGGUCCACUUCACAUGUCAACAUUUUCUGACAGAGAUAACCAGCAUCUAGGGGAAAUGUUAACAUGUAGAGCUUACACACACACACACAACUUGUCGGGUACGAUGACCUGCAUUCCAUGCCCCAUCUUACAUCCUUGUCCCUCCUUGGGAUAUUGUGGUUCUGUAGCUGAUGGGCUCCGUCGCAUCCUAGUGAGGAAGCUCGCGAGACAGCCUUGGCCACUGCAGUGCGUGCUUUCCUCAACGUGCCUGCUCCGAAGUAUGGGCCGCCGAGUUCAGCAGAACUUACUCCCGGGCAAUUGUGCAUAUAGGAUUGCAGCUGGAUACUCAUUGGAGGCAGCGCACGCGUAUAAAUACCCCGAAGAGACCCGCAAAGCCACACAGCGGGCGCCUUUUGCGGACUGGCGGCCACGCGCGGCUUCCCUCUCGCCCAGGAGGCUCGCUUUUCCUUUCCCAGACGAGGCGGACCAAGCGAGGCCUCUUUGCCGUCGUUCCCGUUCCUCUCUCCCCGUCUACCCCAAGGCGAUAAAUUUCUGUCCUGACAGACCUGGCCUCGCCCAACCUCUUUCGUCCAGGCCCGGCCGGCAAGCAGGCGCUCGCGACCCGCCACGAGCCCCGGGCCGAACCUGCCUGCGCGCCGCGCGCCUCUGCUCGCCCCGCCUGUUGCCGCUGGAGGCACGUGCCUGGCGGGAGAGCGCGCGCAGGCGCGUGUCAGCCGCAGUAGGGCGACGGCCCCUCCAGGCAGCGCUGUUGCGGCUGGGCACGUUCGCAGUGCCAGGCCUUCCUGUGGCGACGACCAGAGUCUCCCCGAGGGGCUUCUUCCCCUUCCCGCUCUUGGGUUUCGUCCCCUCACGCUAUUGUCUUGCGCGCGCGCGUUUCCACUUCGUAAGGUCCACCAACUCCUCGUUUCUUUUUCCUGUAUCGAUUAUAGCCGUGCCUUACCUGCCAACAGUAUCUUAAUCAUACCUUCACAUUUAUUACACGCUGCUGAGGCGCCCGCAAAUCCUUCAGAAGAAGGUGAGAGUGAUUAAUCAGAACUCGUUUCCUUCCACACCUGACCUUUCCCGCCUCCUUCAGGGCCUGCGCGGAGUCCGCUCCCUGCAGCGCGUGCUGCGCCACCGACUGCCAUACCUCAAGGGGAUCGCAAGGCGGUAGCAGCGCACACGCGUCGCGUUCCCAAACUGCUUCCUCAGAACUGUGCGCUCUCUCGCUCUCUCUCUCUCUCUCUCUCUCUCACACACACACACACACUCGUGCGCUCCAUCCUUCUGUGCACACUUACCACUCCCACUCCCCUCUCCCUCUUAUACACAUUUAAUGCUGAUUAAAAGCAACAAAAUACCCUAUAGCGCCUUAACGACUAACGCUGACUAGCUAAAACACAUUCUCCCCCGUUUGAGGGAUGGCUAAAUAGUAGUAGAAAACAUUCACAGCAUUUGAUUUCAUGUUAUACACGAGGAUGGCAGUAAUUCGAAUCCCUCUGACUUGUGAGUAGGGGACGAGGGCAGUGAUCCCUUAGACUGGAUCAAUUCAUCUGAAAUACAGUAAUGAGGCAGGUAUGCGGCCUGCCUCAGCUGUCCAAAUCUGCACCCCCGGCUUCUGCCUUCCCACCCCACUCCUCUCCCAUAUCCAGAGCUGCCUGUCCUUGGCAUUUCACCUCCGGACUCGCAUCAGACUCAACCUGCCCAUCUAGCAGCCGGGGAAAAACUCUGUCAGCAACCUGAGCGGCACAGUUCCCCUCUCGUGCCUUUGUCCGGAUUGCUUCAUUUCUUUAUCGCCUCUAUAAAGAGGAAAGCGGCUGCCGGCUAAUCCGCCUCUGCUCAGUGAGACCGAGUGAGCUGGCCGCAGCCCAGGCAAACGGCUCCACCUGCUAGCAGGCUGUGAAUGUGAGCAGAGGCUUCUUCAGUCACUGGAACAGUGAAGUUCAGGGGAGUCUGCUGUCUGAGCUCCUUGCUUGCUCCCUGGGAUGAUCGUGGACUCAAGAGACCAGGCAGAGGGAUGUUGAAACCAUUGGCUGUCUUCAUGAUCAGGACUUCAUUGAUGAGGAAAUAACAGCACUCUUCGGUCCAUGCUGAACUGUGAGAUUUUACUUUCUUGCAAGCUUUUCUUCAUUUCCCUUUCCUUUUACUUUAUAGCAGGAGUCCUCACGACUCUCUGCAGCAGCACUGAUUUGUGGGAGUCAUUGCAUAUCUGAUGCAAGCAGACCUGGGUUGGUUGCACAUACUCAACCUGCACAGUGUGCAAGAAGUGCAGGCGCAUGCAUGGCAGUACUUGUUAGAAGUUGUAUUGUGGGCAGCCCUGAAGUACAAUUCUUCUUAGACAUAAACUCUUGGUUUUUUGACCCUUGGCAAUAAGGUAGAGGGGGGAUGGAGAGCACAUGACUUGUUACUAGGGAAGCAAUACGUUUGGGGAAAUAUCCAGUGACACCCCUUCGCUCCUGCAGCACUAACAAGCAACUCAGGAUAUGGGGAAUGCAUACACAUCCUUUUGUUUUAAUUGUUAGAGGAAAAAUCUUCUGGCAUUUUUGGUCCAGUCAAGAAAAUUAGAAGCUGUGGAUCAUGUUGAAUCCAUCACUGCCCCAUAAGAGCUUGUGCUUUUAAAGCAAAGCCUUAUAAAAUUUGUACGUAUUCAAUUUGUAGUACAAUUAAUGGUGUGAAUGUUUUAUGUUUCUGCUUGGUAUCAAAGUCAAGUUUAAGGAUAGAUUUUAAAUUAUGCUAGCUCAUGUAGUUAAUAAAGGAAAACACAACAGAUUUCCAGAAAACAUACAAAAUGGUCAGUUGUAACCAUGGAUGUUUAGGAAUGAUGCCCAUGCUAGUCACAUCAUCUCAGGAAAUACGAUAGAGUUUUGUUUCCCUUGGAUGAAAAUUCUUUGUUGGUUUGCUUUUACUUACAAGCAGAAGCUAUUGGAACCAGGCCAACUCCUAAAAGCAGCAGUCAGCUCCCCAAUAUCUGUACAUCACAUUUCCAGAGAGAGUUCUUUCACCCAAGUUAACUCACAGCUCUUAAAAAUCUCCUUUUCCCUCCUGUUUAAACUAAUUUUAACCUGUCUCCAAAUCAUUUCUCUGCCCCAUACACUAUAUGCAGGGUGUUAUCAUCCUAAACUCUUAUAGCAUCACAUUUCAAAACCUAGAGAGAGAUUUCCAGGUAUCAGGAAGUCACCCCAGCCAGAUAGGUGGGGUAUAGAUAAAUCAUCAUCACCAUCAUCAUCAUCACCGUCUCUUUUUAUUGUUUUCCAUUGAUGCAGUAACAGCUGCUUCUCCUGACCUUAACAAGCUAUCAGGUUAACAAUGGAUGCUCACCCUGUAUCUGUAACAGGUGGAAUUUUUAAAAAAGACAGGGAAGUUGGAUUCCUGACCUAAAAGGAAAAAGCCAAUAGCAAUGCCAGUGGAACUAAUUUUAUAUUCUCUGACUCAAAAUUCAUUUCUUUUAGUUUUGCUUCAUUCAGGGAUAGGGAGCCUGUGAGUAUCCGGAUGUUGUUGGGUUCCAACUCCCAUCAGGCCCAGCUAGCAUCACCAGUGUUCAGGGAUGAUGUGAGCUGUAGUCCAGCAGCAUCUGAAGGACCAGAUGCCCUUGCCCAUGGCUUAGAGCUACCAUUUCAAAAAUCCAGGCCUGGUUGUGAUUUCCUAUAACUUGUUUUUUUAAAUUGAACUAAAUAAAAAUAAAAAUACAUUAUAAAAUCUAACAAUUACAAUUCCAUAUAUUAUUAUCUAAAGUAUACAUAUUAUUAUUAUUAUCAUCCAUGUAUAUAUAUAUCCCACUAUAUUUUGUAUAAAUGCAUUCCAGAUGUCACUAUACUUGUCCAUGCAAAGUCUACGUCUAUAAGCAAUCCCUUCAUAAGUUGCAAGUGUAGUCAUAGCUUCAAUUCAUUGAUUAAAUGGAGUUGUACACUUACUCAUUCAGUGCACCAGUAGUCUUUUGGCCAUAGUAAGGGCAUGAAGAAUCCAUUUACAUUUUCCAGUUGUCAAAUUCUAUAUAGUAGGCAUGUAGUUCAAAAUAUUUUCCUCUGAAAAAUGUAUUUUUUCCCCACACAGUCAUAUUUAUAUAAUAAACUACUUUCUCCCAAAACUUAUUAAAUUUUAAUAAGUGAUUUCAUGUAACUUGUGGAAUAGCUGUAUAAAAAAAUGUGUGUAUGAAGCUCCAUUGUCACCAAUAAUAAAUGAAAUAGAAUCAUAUAAUUAUAGAGUUGGAAGGGACCACGAGGGUCACCUCGUCCAACCUCCUGCAAUAAUUGUUGGGAAAUGAAAAAAACCAAGACAUUAGGUUUUAUGAGGGUGGCAAAUGUUAUUGUGGCCUAAAUGAUUAUCUUUGAAGGGCAUCACUUGCACUGGGAAAUACAUUAUCCUGGCUUCUGCGUUAAUAAUAUUUCCUUGUGGUUCCACAUGCUUAUGCAAAACCUUAAAAAAACCCCAAAACAACCUGCCAUAAUUCAGUCUUCAGGUGCAACAGAUACAAUAUUGUUCACAUUAGGUUGUUGGGGGCAAGUCACAAUCUCCAACUCCAAUGUGCCAUAGAGGAUUAUUUUGAUUUCCUCUGUGUGUGAUAUAUAUAUAUAUAUAGAUAGAUAGAUAGAUAUAGAUAUAGAUACACACACACACACACACAAUGGUUGUUAGGAGUGUCAGUAAAAGCUGUUAAAUAUUUGUAAUGUUUCCCUCUACUUAAAGAACAGUUUGGUACCAUCCAUUAGCUUGUUACAAUCUAUUUCCUAGAUAUCUUAUGCUGAAAGUUGCUACAGAUACGGGCAGUUUCUUGUAUGGAAACCCUGUGUUUCAUAAUUAAUAUUUGCUCAAAUAUUCCUUCUGAUUAUUCUAGUCUUUCUGUUUUUGUAACAAUGGACCUCUUGUAAGCAGCUCUCCAGCAUUGUAUUAAAAGCAAACAGGAAACAGUUUGCUCUGAUCAUUUGUCUGCAACGCAGACUUCAGUAGGAAAUGUUCAUGGACUAUGGAAGAAAGGUAAAUCUUAUUUCCAUUUCAUAUACACGAGUAACUAUUUCAGGGGAAGUGCCAACUCAACUGGGGAAGACUUGCUACAGUGCACAAAUGGUCAUUUUAACUACUUUUCUCUCAAAGAAAGGAGAGGAGGCUGUGAUUUGAAAGAGAAAUCUGACUCCAAACUAUGCAACUAAGGAUGCAAACCUAUGCAUGUUUACAUUGGGAGUAGAUCCUAUUGAACUCACAAGUGAGACUUACUUUCAAGUAAACAUGUGCACACAACAAUGCAAACAUAUGUAGGGCUGUUCAGCUGUUUUCCUAUGUACAAUGGCAAUAAAAGUUAUAGGAUUAGGAUGCACAGUGAGAAACACCCUGGUUCUAUAUAACAGCUCAAUUUCUGAUCUUUUCUACCUACAGUUUGUAUAGAAUAAACAUGUUAAUAUUUAUUUCUGUAGUAAGCAUUAAGAGGAGUACCGCUUAAUGCUUACUAGGAAUGAAAAGCAUAAACACAAGGAAGUUCUUGACUGACAGUUUCUUUCUAUGAAAACUGAAAUUCCUAGUUAUUUUUGAUGCCAUAGAUUUCUUUUGUUAGAAGGGUAGAUGUGGUAGGUUUCUCUUAGGAUCGUGUUGCAGUGAUUUGGCAGCAGAGUGCACCCCCUUCACUGCCUAUAUAUAGAAUAAGCAAAAACAGAAGUUAAUGAUUUUUCCAAACUCAGGUCCUGUGUGGGGAAAAUGUGAUGAAGAUUCCACCCCUGCCCCAAUCAAAAUUGCUCUGCAAAUGCUAUACUAAGAGGGAAGAAGGAAACCAAUAUUAAUGUUCUCAUAUAACAGAGAGGCAGCAAAUGAGAAAGAGAUACCAUGUUAUGAGGUGUGAGGGGCUGAUGCUGAGCUAUGAGCUUAUGGCAACCUUGAAUUAUGGGGUAGUUUAACAUCCCCAUACUGCAUGUUGGGGGGUGGGGAUGGGGUAAGUACAAGACUGAUGGGUUUAUGUGAACCUUGUAAUCUAAUCUAAUUUAAUAUGAUCCACUUUUAAUAACCACUUUUAAUAAUAGAGAUACUAUGACAGCCUUGUAAUGUAGUCCACUGUUGAUAUCGCAGAAUGGGGUGGGGACUUACAAGAACCUACUUGCACUUUUCACAUGGGGCCUGAGGUUGAUAAACAAUUAUCUAAUAAAUGCUUGAAGAACUGUCACCUAUUUGAUUUUUAUUAGUGAAAUACAAUGUCACCAGUACAGUUCUGCACUAUGAUACUGAACAACACACACAUUUUAUCAAGAUACAGGCAGACAGUGGAACAAUUACAUAAGAUAUUGACUGUGUACACACCAUAUAUUUAAAGCUGAUUGCUUGCCCCAAAUAAUCCUGGGAACUGUCCCCCCAAGGUACAAUUCCUAGCACCCUUAACAAACUAGAGUUCCCAAGAUUCUUUGGGGAAAGUCAUGUGCUUCAAAUGUAUGGUUUGUAUGCAAUCAUGAACAAAUACCAAAAAAAGUCUUACAGCUUCUUUAGCAUAGAUGGAAUCUGACUCCCAUGAACCCCAACCAGCAUAGCCAAUAGUCAGGGAUGAUAUCAGCUGUAGCACAGCAACAUCUGAAAGGCCACAGGUUUCCUAUGUCUGGACUAAGAACUUUACCAUGGCAUAAGGUAUUGGCGGAAACAUUUAAGUGUUAUUCUGGGUGUAUGUGUGUGUUUGACACACACACAGUGAAAAACAAGGCAAAUCAGGAUGAUUUGGGGCAUGAACUUACUGUGAAUAAGGUGUCUCAGUGGAGAUGAGCUAUCCCCUAAGCUUUGGAAUCACCACGAGGCAUCUGUUUUUCCAAAAAGUUACACAUGUAAACUUUCCCCUGUCUCUUUUCUGAGAAACAAAACCAAAGUGUCUUUGGAAACACCCAGAGCUCCAGAGGGGAGGCAGUUGAGAGAUAUUUUGUUUUGGGGAACAGUUCUAGCUUUUAAUCUCAGUGAAUUAUUUUCCAAUGCAACUCAAACCACAGUGAUUUGGAGGUGGGAUGUUGAAGUAAAUAAACAGACUUGUUCUUGAGUUGUGAUUCUUUUCUGAGUUUUGGACCCAAAUAAUAAAAUUGGAAUGCCACAUAACAGAUCAGACUUCUUCCAGAUAUUGUGGUCACGGUAGUAUAUACAGCUUUAAUAUAUACAACUAUAUAUAUAUUUACAAACAUGCACUUCCAUGGGCUGAGAGAAAAAUUGUAGAAGGCCAUGAAAUUCAAGAGAUAAAGUCUGUGAUUUUUCUCUGCAAAGUUCAGAUGUAUAUUAGGAAAGGAUUGACUUCAUUCACAAGAGCUGCCAUUGACAAUAACAAUAUUCCUGGGUUUGCUGUGCUAAUUUAAGGUCUGUACUGGAAGAGAGAAUUUUGGUCUUGAUUAGCUGAAAGCAACAGUCAAACUUACCGAUACAUUCUAUUUCUUCGGUUUCACACUGUAACCUCUCUUUGAAAGGCCUAAACUUUUGUUAGCAUGUAUCUGAAUGUUGUAUUUUGAUGGCAAAUUUGUAACCAUUGGGACACAUUUGCACCGGGACUGUUUGCCCUUUUUAGACAGCAGAAAGUUUGGUUGGGCUGUGAUGGAUAGAUCAUGUUGGUGGGUGAGCAGGUCAAUGAACUCUUGGUUGCAUAUUGUUAGGUUAUUAGCUGGCAUCUGGGUAUUUGCAGGGCCUAAUCCUUGGAUUCUGUCUCUUUUAGGCCACCUGUCAUUGCUGUUGAGUAGUCAUUUGAGAUUAGGCGGCUGGUUGUAUGUCAGGCUGCAACCCUAAACCCUUUACCUAGGAGUAAGCCCUGCUGAAUUCAAUAGAACUUACUUCUGAGUAGCUAUGACCAGGCUUGCAGUGUAAAAGUUAUUGCAUAUGCAUGUUGAAAACAGGGAAGUUCAGCAAAAAAAAAAUAAUCCACAAAAAAUCUUGGGCUGCAGGAAAGAUGAAUCUAGUUAAAUUGCCACCUCCAUUACCCACUCAUCCCACAACUCAAAGCCACUGCUCAGUUAAAUGCAGGUGCCUUGUACCCCAUUUAUUUGCACAGACACAUUGCGCUCUCCCCACUGCUAAAGGUGAGAUCACUGAUAAAACAGGAAACCAGUGUGUGCUGGUAAUCCUUCCCUUUCUAUUGUUAAAAUUUGCAGUCCCACCCUGCACAUGCUUACUCAGAAAGAAGUCCCUUCGAGCUCAAUGUGCUCAAUGUGUGAGUGUGGAAAGGAUAGCAGCAUUAGUUUAAAAUGGAAUUCACAGAGUUUGAAAGCUAAUUGUUGGUUUAAACAGUAACAAUAAGGAAUCCAGUAUCCAUUUGCUGUUUGGACCCCUCUGUGACUGCAUUGGCAUCACGGCUUCAUGUCCCAGGUGUUAGUGUGCUUGCAGUGCCAUAUGGAAAGUCUGCAUUUUAAACCCCCAUUUGCCCUCUCUCCAGCGGGCUGCAUGCUAAAAAUAUUGCAAAAACCUUGCAAAGAUUAGUGUAUUUUUGCAGUGAGUUUUAUUCCGUUUGACUUAAUUCAUUUUUCAAAGCUAUUGAUUUUUGAAAGUUAGUUAAUAAACAUUGUUUAGUACUGAGUAAAAAGGUAAAGGGACCCCUGACCAUUAGGUCCAGUCGCAGAUGACUCUGGGGUUGCGGCGCUCAUCUUGCUUUACUGGCCGAGGGAGCCGGCGUAUAGCUUCCGGGUCAUGUGGUCAGCAUGACUAAGCUGCUUCUGGCGAACCAGAGCAGCACAUGGAAAUGCGUUUACCUUCCCACCAGAGUGGUACCUGUUUAUCUACUUGCACUUCAUGCUUUCAAACUGCUAGGUUGGCAGGAGCAGGGACUGAGCAAUGGAAGCUCACCCCGUCGUGGGGAUUCAAACUGCCAGCCUUCUGAUCUGCAAGCCCUAGGCUCUGUGGUUUAACCCACAGUGCCACCCACGUCCCUAAUUUAAUACUGAGUAGUUGAUACCUAUUAAUAUAAAUUAGAGUUGCUAUUAACCCCGGUAGGACCUGAGUUAACAACCACUUGGCCAACCCUGUCUCUUGCAAGUGCCCCACUCAACUUACAUGUCUUUAAUAUGUCACUGCUUGUAAUAUGCUGUGUCAACUAUUAGGGGUUAAAUAGCUCAGCUAAUAGUGUGCAGAUAAAAAUCAGUUAGGCUGAAAUGGUUCUGAGUAAAGAUAAGUUCUAUCCUGAGAAGCUGUUAGAAGUAUUUCCCUUAAUGUAGGUUCCACUGCCAGAUUGGUUGAAAAAUACUGCAGAAUUGGUGUAUUGCUUUCAUUUGUCAUACUUUCCCUCAUCUGGUAUUCCAUGUAACUAAGAGAUGUGGCACAGGGGUGGGGAGGGGGAAGCAGGGCAGAAGGUUGGGACUUACAUGACAAAUUUUAUCAUGAAAGUUAUUUGGGUAAGCUUCAUACAUUGUUCUCAGUGCUAGGAUUUGGCCUUGGACAUAUGAGAUAGGAUAUUAAUACAGAAACUCCACCCCCACAAAAGCACCAUACACCAUAGCAUAGUCCAGGCUUCCUCAACCUCGGCCCUCCAGAUGUUUUUGGCCUACAACUCCCAUGAUCCCUAGCUAGCAGGACCAGUGGUCAGGGAUGAUGGGAAGUGCAAUCUCAAAACAUCUGGAGGGCUGAGGUUGAGGAAGCCUAGCAUAGUCUUUCAGUUCCUGUUAGCACCUUUUAUUGACACUGGGAUGCUGCAUGAAGAAUAGCUAAGCAACAGUGCCUGCAGUCUUAACCAAUCUACUUUGAAGUAAACUCCUAUGUGUGUGGGAUUAGAACUGCAGCCUGUGUGAGCCUGCUGUAGAAUUGUGGAGUAAAUCCCCCUUUCCCUGCAUCAAGGUAUAAAGCUGGCUCCACUUUUUGAUGGAGGUUACUAUGAGAUUUGAACAUAAUCUAACGUUGGUUUCACAUGUGAACCCCAGUUAAUGCUAACUGCAGUUAAAACUUGUUGCCAGUGCUUCCCUUAAGGUGGGAGGGAAUAAUCUAUUUACUCUUGAAAGGGCAGAGGUUUGGGGAAGGGAAGGGAAAGUUUGGCCCUACAGCUUGCCUUUAGCCAAGAUAAUGAGGGAUCCUGUGUGAUAUCUGUGCUGGCUCACUGCUGCUGCUCUAUGUUACACACACAUUAAGUAAUUUUGUGGUGGCAGCACUGAUGGCAGUGAAGCCACUGCUUUAAUAUCCCAGAGGAAUGUAGUUGGCAGAAGGACUUCUGGGUGCCACUGGCGAAGCCUUUCCUAUUGGAGUCCUGCCCUCGGUUUCCGUCACUUCAAUAGUUGUGCAGAGGAGGGAAACUAACCAAGAGCAGCUUUUUUCACAUCUGCAUGAGAAGCUGCGGCAGCCCAAAUUCCUUAUCCUGUGCAAAUGCAAAGGGUAUGGGGGAGCACUUUCUUUCUUUGAACUUUUCACCACAGCUUGAUCUUAGAGAGGGGUAAACAAAAGGACCUAGGGAAGGAUGAUAAUAAAAAAGCAAAGCUUUCAAAAGGAGAAAGCAGGAGGUGGAUACAUGACAUUUUGAUGGGCAAAGUCCCCAAACUGAUGGGUAUUAUUAUUGUUUGAUAAAGAUCACAAACAUACAACUGAACAGACUUUGAGGCAAAAGACUUGCAAAGAGAGUCCUGAAUAGUACAAGUACAUCCUUACAUUCUGAAAGACAAUUUAGAAUUAGAUUUACUUACAAUGUGUAUGGGAUGUUGUUUAUCAGUCAUUGCAGGGGGCAUAUCUCAAUUCUUGAAUUGUGACCCUCAGAUGGUCUGAAAGCAAGGGAGUCUAAUUUGUGUUCCUCCAGAUGUUGCUGAGCUCUAUCUCCCUUCAACUCUCAGAUAGCAUGGGCAAUAGUCAGGAAUGAUAGGAGCUGGAGGGCUGCAAAUUAGCCAUCCCUGUGUUAAAGAAUGCUCAUGACUAUGACUUGCUAGCCAUUCCUACUAGGAAGGGUGUAGAGAGUACAGGACUAUUUGCAUCUCUCACUGUAUAGAAGAGGGAAUUUUUGAAUGAUAAGCUACAUCUGCUGCAAUUCCCUCUUCUAAACCACUGUUAAUGCUGGAAUCCUGUUCUCAUCUGAUCACCCUGUUACCAAAUGCUGGUCAGGACUCAGAAAUAGUUUUCUUGGUUUUGCUGUACAUUGAAGUUUAAAAUCUUGGAAGCCCUUUUAUCCCAGUACAUUACUUAAAGUAGAUAUCACAGUGGUUUCUGCUGUAAUUUUGUUCGAUGUGUAUUUAUGCACUAAUUGAUUGGAGCACUUACUGAGAGUACAUUACAUUUUCCCUUUCUUGGACGAGACUCACUUUCUGCGACAACUGAGAUGGCUAUUAUCUUUUACUUUAUUUUGUAAAUGUUUUACAUUUUUAAUUCCAGACUUAUAGAAAUUGCCAGAUCUCUUAACUUUUUAAAUUUAAUUGCAGUAUGAAAUUGUGUUGGUAUGUUCUGCAAAAUAAAUGCCCAUGAUUAAAGCAAAGAGUGAAAUAGGCUCUCAGGUUCAGUUCAAGAGUGCCCAACUACUCUGUUUGAUAGACUCCAGUUAUGGCAUUUACAAAGGUGUAGCUUUUCUUCUAUGCAUUCUUCAUAUUGUUAUAACUGCAAAAACAACAAAAUUAUGUUUUCCACUACCAUUCAAUAUAGAAUAAGGUCUGUAAUUAAUAGCUCUGUGAUUAUGCUGUUAUUUAGCUGGGGCAGUUUCUUGGUAUUCCUGCUCCUUUGUUUGUUUGUUGGGACUGACCUUUCCCUUUCCUUUCCUUUCCUUUCCUUUUGUUUUGCUUUUGAAGCAACCUUCCAGUAGAUUUGCUAGCCAACACAAAUAAUUAUGGACUUUUCAUUCUCAUUACAGAAUUAUUAAAUGUUUAAUUUGGGCAUUGCAUUUUAAUAACAUAGAACUACACAAAUUUAGAAGAACGAGUCAUCCAUCCAACAUCUUUGAAAUCUCAGCGAGCGAAUCACACUGAGCCUUCAGAAAUACUACUGUGGGUAGAGACAUAAGUGAAUGUACCACUAACUUUUUUAAAAAGGGCAAGGUCCAAUUAUUUGUAUUAGUCAUUAAGAACAGAUCAUGAAGUAAUGGGUUUCAGAUGAGGUGGGAAGCACAUAGACAACACAUAAGAUUAAACAGUUACAGGAAGAAUAUGUGAGGUUGAUAGAGCUACAUCUUCUGGUGAUAUUUAAUGUUAGAACUGGAUGCCCUGGUACCCAAUUACAGCUCAGCUCUCUUGUACGUUUUCCUUGGCGGACAUGGAAAUAGAACAUAAUAAUGGAGUGGGGGCCUGUAACAGUGAAAUCCAUCACUAGGAGAAGCAUAUCUAACAAUGACAGUAAGUUGAUCAAUAUAGGAAACAUCAGGGGUUGAACUGUCUGAUAAACUAAAAUAACUCGCCUAUUUGAUGUCAUUCAGUAUUGCUUCUCGAACUGUAUUAACCAUCAACUGGAUAACCUCUUCACAUAUGGUUUUGCAUAAGCAUGAUGACUGACCAGAGCCUUUACCUCCAUACUGAUUUAUGUGAGCACACAGGAAGGGAUCAGCUCUGGCAAUUAAUUCAAGCAAUCCAAGAACAUUACCAUUGCUUGGUGAACCAAAUAUUUCAUUGUCUCCCCUAAAUGCCAAGCCACAUUCUGCCAAAAGGGAAAUCACUGCAAUAACUCGCUGAAGUACGUGCCUCCAGUAAUCCUGCUCUGCUUUGAUUUGCUGUCAGAGUUUUGAUGUGAGCAUUUGACCACACUUUAUUGUUACGUAUGUUAGCAGAGAGUUCAUAUGAUUUUUAGAAUUUCUGUGGGUUUGAAAAAGAAAAGUGUGAUGUCAAUCAUUAAAUCCAAUAGAAACUAAAGCUGUAGUUGAGGUAGUUUGGUUACAGAAACGUUUGCACCAAAACAGGAGACUUUUCCUUCUUUUGGAGAAUACACUAGCCAUUAUUGAGGGUUGGUUUCUCCAUUUACUUUGGUGGAAUAGAAUAAAUUAUUUGAACAGAACCAGGCUUGGUUUUUGCAUGUUUAUUUCAAAGUGGUAAAAGCUGCACCUGAGUGCUGACAUUCCAAUGGAACUUUCUCAAUCCAGAAUGAUAUUUCCUUGUUAUUUGAUGUGAACUGCAAACCUGAUUUCUCUGAAAUCACUAGUAGCAUGUGCAGUUGGUAUUUUUGUGUCUGUAAUGCAAGGUUUUUUGCUGAGAUCAUCUGCUUUGCUUUCCAAUUCUUUAAGACAGUAAUGCGCUUGAACUGCUUCUUUUGGUGUAACUGUCUCGUGGCAUGUUUCUUCAACGCCUUGUGUUAAUUCUUUGGCUGUAGGUCCUGUCAUUUCAUUCACACUUUUCUCCAGAAGUUUCUUUACUUGUAGAGGUAGUUACUGACAACAGUUCUCUGUGAAGUUCUUGGGAGGCUGCAUUCUGUAUAUAAACUGGUUGUUCUACGGUCUGCUCAGACUGGUCAUUCUAGUUACGGUACUUGAUUUUCUUCUUUUUGUAAACAUAAAUGUAUUGUAUCUGAGGGUUUAUGUAGGGCUGUUUCUGCCUGCUGUACAAACCAUAUGACGUGAUUGGCUUUAAACUUUUGAGUAUUUCUUUCUGUUAUUUUUUCCGCUUUCUUUUACCAGUACCACCUCCAUAUCGUUUAUUCACCAUUUUCACAAAAAGUCAAAAUUAAAUAUUGUGAUUCACAGUGAUAUAAAAGCAUCCUCAUGUGUUCUCAAAAUGCAUGAUAUAAUGAUAGACAGUGAUCUGAACUCUUGUAAUGCUUCAUUGCUGACUUUAAAGCUGCUCAGGAUCAAAUGAUAAAGCCUCCACGAACUUUACUAAACAUGCUAGUGUAACUGUCAUAGACUCAUACCUCAAGUGUUUAAUGUUACUAAGCAACUGGGCCUAGAUAAAUCUGCCCCCCCCCCAGUUUAUGCGGCCCUGGGCUGCAGCCUGCUCAGCCCGUAUAUAAAUCUGGCGCUGGUUCUUGUGCUGAGGCGCUGCUUGCAUGUUUUCCCCUGGCAUCUGGUUGAUCACUGUGAGAACAGGAUGCUGGAGUAGAAGGGCCAUUGGCCUGAUCCAGCAGGCUCUUCUCAUGUUCUUGUGCACAUAACAGAAAAUCAACUUGUAUUCAGUCACUGCAUUUCACUUAGAAAUGCCUUUGCAGUGCACUGUAGCAGAAGGAAUACACACAGCAACACAUCCGAUGAAUAGUUGUAUGCAUUUACAGUAUAAAACAAAUCCAAAAACUUGCAUACAUGUGCCCAUUUUCUAGUUUUGGCUCUAAUUGGGGGGCGUCAUUGGUUACUGCUUUCCAUGGUCUACAGAUGCCAGGGGAAAUUCUCCUGUGAUAGAUGUGGUUAUUGGAAACAUCUGAGAAUGAUAAUGUCCCCAAGGGAAAGCCUAAUGAAAGUGACAAGAUGACACAUCUGUUCUUUUGGUCUUGCACUUCACUUGCUUACAUUCUUUGUACAAACUGAAGCUGAAAUUAAUCUGCAAUUCACAAUGACUACAAAAAAGGGGGGUGGAAGAGGGAAAAGAAAAAAGAAAGUGGAACACAAUGGAACUUGGAAUAUCAGUGAAUCAAGCAACACACCAUAUAUAUCCUGCUUAUAUCAGCAUAGGAAUUUUCCCAGUCUGCAUUUGGAAAUGCUGGGAAGUCUUGAGGAAAAUCUUCUGAAGUCAUAUGAAAAUGGGAAAAGUUGUAUUCAUGAGUAAGCUACAAUCUUGGGUUUGCCUAAAGCGCUAAUGAUUAGAAGAGAGUUUCAAGUCCAUAUGUCUGAGAAAAAGACUGUCAGUGUGGCAUUUUGGAAGUAAUGGCUGCCUAGGCUGUACGUCAAAAUUGCUGUUAGUUUCUGAAACAACCUCAUACUUCUCAUGCAUAUGGCAGCUGUGUCAGGAGCGAUAGUGCAUUUUUAAAUAUAUCAGACGAGGAUAGGUGAGUUCUUAGAAAUGAAAGAGUACACUCUCAUAAAAUCUGAUUUUAAAAUUUAUCAUAGUGCUCAGUCAAAAUAAUAAUGCUGACCCAAACCCCACUUUGAUUGCAAAGCUUUCCACUUUAGUGAUGCUAAGCUAGAGUUUUUCUAGAUUUCAACUCCUGUAUGGCUUGACAUAUGUUUAUAUUUUACGUAGGCAUUUAUUAACUUGCAAGCAUGUGCAUCAAGUAUAAGAUCAUUUUGAACAUCUGGAAGGCAUGUGAUAUGGUUCAUACAUAAACAAGCUUGGUUCUAUUUUGGAAACAUGUAUUUUACCUUAUACUGAUCCAGACCACUUGUACAGUUAACCCAGUACUGUCUAAUCUACUGUUUUAGGCAGCAACACUCUAAGGUCUUAGGCAGAUGUGUCCAGAUCUGUUCCCAAAUAUCCUUUAACUGGAGCCAUCUCAGGAGCAUACCUAGGGGUUGACCAGGUUGGCCCCUGUCAAGGGUGCAGGACUGUGUGUGUGUUUGUGUGUGUGUGUGUGUGUGUGCGCAAAAAGCCCUCCACUCUGGCUUCCAGGUGAAGGGAUGGGGGUGGAGGGUAGCUCCUUGCCCAGGGUGUGGUAGUAGUAGUAGUAGUAGUAGUAGUAGUAAUAAUAAUAAUAAUAAUAAUACUUAAUAAUAAAUAAUUUAUACCCCACCCAUCUGGCUGGGUUUCCACAGCCACUCUGGGCAGCUUCCAACAAAGGAUAAAAAAUACAUUAAAACAUCAGUCAUUAAAAACUUCCCUAAACAGGGCUGCCUUCAGAUGUCUUCUAAACGUCAGAUAGUUGUUUAGUUCUUUGACAUCUGAUGGGAGGGCAUUCCACAGGGAUGCAAGGGAGCCUAGGUGCGCCUCUGGCCCACCUACCUGCAAUACACAUGCUAUAUAUUAAUGAGCCAGAAUCCUUCUGAUAGGGCAGUUAAUUUUUGAUUCUCUCAUUUUCAAAUGUAGGUUCCAAUAUAGUUCUUAGUUAGACAUAGUGCUUGCUAUAGAGUCCAGUAUUGGCAGUGUUAAAGUUCAGAAUUGUGGUGUUGAGAGAAUAUGACUCCUCCACUUUGGAGCUUUCCAGCUGGUUAUGAAGUCCAAUUAUCCAAACAGUUCAGUUUCGGCUUGUACUUAACUUUCCUGGCACUGGCCCUACUGCCUUCCACACAGCUGCCCUGUCUCAAUGAAACAUACUUUUUGGUGACAAUGAAAAAGGUUGCUGCCCUGGCCUUUGUUAAGGUCUUUGAUCCUUGAAAUUUUGGGACUCAGAAUCCUAGUGCUGUGUUUCAGAGCCUGAUGAAGGCCACACAACAGUAUCUGUCCUCAUCACUGCCACAAAAUUGUCAGUGAAAAAGUGAAGGAGAUAGUGGAGGCGGGUGAGAGUUGGGAAGUGCACAUGGCAGUGCAAGAGGUGAGAUCUCUAGACCUUGCUGUGUUCAUGCUCCUGAUUUGCAUUAGGUAAUUUCACUACAGAAUACGCCUGAACUUAAAAUUAACUUUCAAGCCUGUUCCUAACCAACCUCAAUUUAUUUUUAUUUUUAAAAAUUAUAUCCCCGCCCUUCUCCCCAGAUGAACCCAGAGCAGCAAACAAGUGAUAAAACAAUAAAGCAUCUUAAAAGCAAUUGCAAUACCGAUGCAGGCUGAGAAAGAGCUCAAAAUACAAGGCUUGUUGAAAGAGGAAGGUAUUCAGUAAGCACUCAAAGCUGGACAAACACACUCUCAGCCACAAGUACCUCUUAGAUAUUCAGCAAUGCCAGAUCUAGCAGCAUCUCCAAGCUGCAAACCGGUACUUCAGAGGAAGUGCAAUCCUAUAUGCAUAGGUUUUCAACCAGUGUGUGGAGACCCAUAGGUAGGUCACAAAGCCACACCAGGUAGGUUGUGGCAAAGCUGUCAUCACGAUGCAAACCCUUUAGUUGAGCCUGCAGCCUUUUAUACCCCUUUAGCUUGUUUUAGGGAAGCCCAUGUUGAUUUGAGUCUGGGGAAGCUUUCUCAUCAUUCACGUAUGCCUGUGUUAGGAAGAAAUGAUAGCCAUGCAAUCCACCUCUACUAGGUAUAAUCUCUUGGAGCUACUACUUUCCCCACUUCUGGGGAAACUACCAUGUCGAAGCAUCUUGGAUAACUUUGGUUUUCCCAUAAACUAGACAAUUACGUUGUGUCUAAAAGGAAAGUCAGUUUAUGCAAAGCAGAAAACUAUGACUGUGGCAACAGUGUUGCAUUGGGAUUUCUAAUAACCAUUCCAAUAUCAGUUCAUUUAGCAAGGACUAAUUCAAAUGUCAGAUUACUACGUCAAAUUAAGUCUAUUAAGUUCUGUCCUGUUUAUGUGCAUGCAUAAAAUUAUACAGUGUUCUGCAUGGAACUUUUGGACAAUGGGCUGCUCACCCCUGAACUUGAGAUAGGAACAAAGGGCACAUUUAUUGGAAAGUAUGAAUUUGACUAGAGAGUGUGCGUAUUGUUCAGAGAGUGUACAAAAAUUUGUUGAAAUAUGCAAGUUCCCCAAGGCCUGUUGGAGAGGAUAUAUAAUGAUUGAAAAAUGUGCACACAGUUUCCUCUUAAUGAAUAGGUUAUUCACACAUUAUCCAUGAGGUAUGGUGAAUGCACACAGUGGCUGGUUGUUAUGCACAUUACCCCUACCAUACAUAUCAUGGUGGGGAAACUGCAGCCUGUGGGUCUAAUUAGGCCUGCCACAGCUGCCAGUUUGGUCCACAAGGCAGCUUCCCACAAACCAUGGCUGCUUGCCCCACUGCAUUGUAGGGCGUUGGACUAGAUGUCCUUUGGGGUCCCUUCCAACUCUACAACUCUAUGAUUCUAUGAUAUUAUCUUUGCAAGCAGGGCUCCCAUUCAGCUCUGAUUGGUACUCCAAUAGGAUCCAUGGCACUAGGGAGCUCCCUAGAGGAGUUGCUUUGGGUUUAAAGCACUGGAGUAAGUGCUUUGAAUCCAAACCACUUCUUCUGGAGAUAGGGAAAUGAAGUUCCACUUAGAAAAAAACACUCUGUUCAGAAACAGAGCGGUUUUUUCCCUUUCCAGAGCAAGGCUCUUUGAAGGCACUCUUUGAUUGACGCUGGGUUGGUGAUUGGAUUGGUGCUGAAAGCACAUCUUCAAAUGAGGUUCCAAUCAGCUGAUCGGCGGUUACCACCUUUGAACUUUGACAGAUGUCAACCACUAGAUGUCAUUACAGUAGGAUUGCAACUUAUGCAGAUUUCACUUGCUCUGUUGCAGUUUUACGCAUGUGGUGGCUAGUCAGCUGCAAGCAUUCAAAUUAAAUGCAUGCAAGGCAGAGGGCUUAAAACCUCUUUUUUUACUGGGUUUUCCUGGCACAGAAAGAGCUUUUAAGCUUUCUACUUGCUUACUGGUCUCUGAGAGAUGAUUGCUUGGGCUCUCAAGGCCAUCGCAAGAUCUAGCACCAAUUCUAGAAGGUAAAAUUUAUUAGUUCCGAGGGGUUGUUUUGCCUAUAUGUAGUUUUGACUCUACAUGUUAAUCAUCCCCUCCCCCUGCUGCUGCCCACAUGUAAUCUGGCGAUCGACAGAUUGGUGGUCUCACCUACCUGUCAAAGUUGGCUUUCUGAGGGUUGGGGAUUUUGGAAUCUGGCACCUUGUCUGGAUCCAGUUCCUCAUCACCACCCCACUGGUCAGUACAGGCUGCAUUUUGAAAAUACAAAUAUGUUCCUUAGUGCAUUAUUAAUCUGUCUUUUCCCCCAGUGUAAGGAUUAUAAAAAUAUGAAGUGUCACAUUUUCUGAUUUUUCAAGUAAUUGGUUCCUUGAGUCAUGGGCUGGUGUAGUACUGUGGGUGAGAAGUGGCCCUCCUACCUCCAGUAACGGGAAUAAAAGUUCUCACUUACCAUACUAUGCUGUUGUAAGGAUAACAACUAGAUAAUGCAUGUGAAGUACUUUGCAUAAUUUAAAGUACUACAUGCAUAUUAAGUACUAUGUGUGUACAAAUCUUAGCUUUAUCCUUGCUGAGAAAUUCAAGAGUAGUCUGUAGCAGCAAAAGCAACCAAGUGUCUUGUGGUGGUAGCCUUUAGAUUCACCCUGUAUGUCCUUGUCCCCCUGCCUCAGUGUUGGCCAUUUCCUAUAGUUCAUCUUUCUGUGAUUGUGGUGUUUCCUCCUUUGCCUUUAUGUACCACAAUUCACUAUUCCUGCCUUUUCUGUCUGAACCAGGCAAACAUAGUGGUUGCUUUCUAUAAGACUUAACCUUGUCCAGUUAGAAGAGUUUCUCUUAUCAACUCACACGGGAUGCCAGCUGGACACAAAACCCACUGCUGCUGUAAAAAUAAUGUGGAGGGGCAGCAAAACACACCCUUAUAGGUCUUUUAAAUUCCCAAACUGCAAUUCAGCUACUCUUGCUGAAGUCCCAUUAAUUUCAGUAGAAAUAGUGAGAUUUCAGUUGUGAAGGAUGGGAGCCAAACUGAGUAAAAUAAUAGCUUUGAAGUUCAAAGUGCACCAUGAGAAUAAGCAAGAUAAGGGUGUUAGAGAGUAGGUUUUCAUUCAGAGCUAACAGUUAAAUGAGUCUUGAUGUGUAUGCAGAUGAGCUAAGCUGCAGCUCAUAUAUUUGCUUUAAGCGUGUUGGCUUCAUACUAGGUAUGUUGGAGGGUGUUUUAAAAUCACUGACUUACACACCAUUGCAUCAUGUCUUUCUCCCUGCUUUGCUUAGUAUUUACAGCAUUCUUUGCGUUUGAAACUGUGUGUGUUGAAGUGUUAUUUAUGUUUAUAUUGACAGUUUUGAGCUUUUGGAAACUUUGUUUAAAAAGCAAGCAUUUGCUAAUGAAAACGCCAUGUAUACUAUAGUAGUCUGCAGUGUAACUUGGGGGAUAUUUUAUUAUGAACAUGGCAUGUACUCAGGACUUAUUAUAGAAUGGCUAAUAAUUGUGCUAGGCUUGUUACUCAGAAGGAUUCCUCAAGUUGAUAGUUUCAUUCAAUUUGGGAUACUGGAUUCUGAUUCCAGCUUAGACCCAAUUCGCUUAGAAGUGAGAACACAUCUUUAUCAAACAUAUUAAAUGACUCUUUAACUAUCGCAUGCCCUCCCUUUUAUGUUAUUCAGUCUCUCCUGAAAUAGUUGGCUGGUUCUUGUGUAAAAAUAGACACCAUCUCUCCCCACCCCUCCCCACGAUAAAAAGCCAGAUUAAUUCAAAUAAAUAGGCUCAUGUGGAAUUCGCAGGAUACCUGAGUGAGAGGGAAAUGAGCUGGAUUUUACCCUGAUUCCUGAGGCUUUUCAUCUUAAACGGUCCUAUGUGAUCAUGGACUGUGGAAACAUUUGGACAUUUUAAUACCAGUGCCUUUGUCUAAUCUGAGAAUCUGGAUGUAGAAUAAUUAAUUCAGUCACUUGACAGCUAGUUGUGAUGAUGUCAAGGUUUCUAUGCACGUGAAGCCACAAAGUUACCUUGGAAGUGACCUCAUCUGUUCAUCAUUUAUAAACACAAUAUAUAUGAGGUGAUAUUGCUCUGUACAUCACAGAGGACAUAAGAGACCAACAAGCUAGGAAUCCAAAAAGGGACAGACUUCUCCACAGAAUCACUGUGAGUUGUAAUGCUGGGCUCCAAGAGUAGUUUAGUACUGGGAACAUAUAAUUAUCCCACUGUCCAAAAAGCACAGGGUGAUCUUGAGAUGGGAAAUGAAAUCAAAGGAGGCAUCCAGAGGAGGAAAUGCUGUGGCAAUGGGUGAUUUCAAUUACCCUCACAUAGAAUGGGUGCUUGUGUGUGCCAGUCACUGCAAAGAGGUAAAAUGUCCAGAUACCCAUAAUGGCUGUUCCCCUUGACUAUUGAUCAGGGAUCUGAGAUGUGGUGAUACUGGAUUUAAUUAGAAGUGGUUCCCAGGAGCAGAAGUGGGAUGUACAUGAUGUUGUUGAACUGAUUGGGGGCAGUGACCAUAGUGCUAUCAAACUCAACAUAUAUGUAAAUGGAUAAUUGCCAAGGAAAUCCAACAGCGUCACACUGACCAGAAAUGUACAUUGUGGUCAUGAAGAUUUUCACUUAGUGUGCAGCAGCUCUGUGAAAGAGGCAAAUUCCACAUUAGAGAUCAUUAGGUAAGGAAUUGAUAAUAAAACUGCCAAUAUUAUAAUGCUGUUGUACAAAUCCAUGGUGUGACCAGUGUUGGAAUACUGUGUACAGUUCUAGCAACUAAACUUAAAAAAUAAUAUUAUUACACACUACCUCAAUUUCUGACUGGCAAGAGAAUCCAGGGGUUCCAAGUGUUUACCCAAGAUUCAGUUUCCUUGGGAUAAAGGUCAGCAGAGGCUGCAGUGCCUUUAAGACAAAUAGUUAUACUUUAUAUAUAUAUAUAGUUUUGUUUACACCUAUACACUGAGCAUAGGAUGGAAGGGCUCACAGCAUUAACACUCCCAUAGAUUUGGCUUCCCGUUAGGUUUCCAAGAGUGCCCAAAGCCACAGAUUAUGUUCAGCACAGAGCAAGGAAUGUCUCUCCCUCCAGCUCCCAGCCCUUCCGCUUGCACACAACAACUCUUACAGUUGUUCUCCUACAUACCAGCCAGGACAAGAUUAUCAGUGGCAUGGCUUUGUUGUUCUGUCUUCACUGUUGGAGGCAAGAUGCCUCUGAAUACCAGUUGCUGGAGAACACAAGAAGGAAGAGUUGCUGUUGCACAGAAUUUUGCUUAAUGGUUGCCACCAAUUUGAUUUUAAUUAAUUUUUAUAAUGAAAUGUUUUUAGAACAUUGGAUUAUUUUGAUUGUUGUUAGCCGCCCUGAGCCCAGCUUCGGCUGGGGAGGGCGGGAUAUAAAUAAAAAUUAUUAUUAUUAUUAUUAUUAUUAGGUCCUGGCUGUGGUCUUCCCGUUGGCAUCUGCACACUGUGAAAACAAGAUGUUGGACUUGAUGACCUUUGACCUGAUCCAGCAGAGCCCUUUAUGUCCAAUAAACUUCCAGCUCCUUAAGGGUUUAGUUGAUUGAAGCAAUUUCCCUUCUUAGCAGUCGAAGCUGGAAAACUGAGCAAAAGGGUUUUUUUUAGAUAGGUAAUUUUAAUGUCUAAACAUAGCAGUCUGAUAGGUUGCUGAUAGGCUCUUUAGUUGGUUAUGUGAAUUAUCUGUACUGGCGGGGGCGCAGAUGACCUUUGACGUUUUCCCUUACUUUGAUUCUACUUCAAAAGGUGGUCAGUCAGGCCUGCUAUGUUUGGCAGUCUUCUUGCUUACUCUGUUGAGUGAGGUUCUGGACUUCUGUCCCAAAGUCCUGCCCUCAUAGCUAAGAGGUAACAGAUAGGUGUGGGGCAGCCUAAUACAAAGUGACAAAGGAGAGCACUUUUUUUUGCAGCUUAUUUAACUUCCAUAGGCCGUAAAUUCCUUUUGAUAUCCCAGAAAAGCCUAGAGUAUGAUGGACUAAAGGAAACGGUCAAUAAAUCUCCAUGCACAAGCAGUAGAGGUGCCUGGGAUAGGAGAUUAAGUGAAUUAACAGUGCUUUAUCUUUGCUGGGGUGAGUAGAAGAAUUAUGAUGGAAUCUGUCAUGUCUCAGUAGACUUUGCCUUAGGCACUACCGUGCCUUUCCAUACCCUUUAGUGGGACAAUGUAGGAAUAUGAACUGGUGAGGAAAGAACCACAUAGUGUAACCCUCUGCACAUUUACUUGGAAGUAGGCGCUACAGUAUUCACUGGGGUUUAUUCCCUGCUUUUAAAAAUUAUCGUCUUAAGAUGUGUGUGGAAAACUGAAGUUAGGGCUUAGAUAGACAGGGCGACAAUUUCCAAGCCCUCUCUCAUGAUAGCUCAUAAAUGAUUAAAGCUCUGCAGUCACUAGGGGGAGAAAUUUAGCAGUUUCUUCACAUGUUGGUCUUCACACUGAAAUGGAAUAAGCACUAUCUGCAAAGGUGCAUGUGAAUGACUAGUCCAGGCACAGGCAAACUUGGCCCUCCAGAUGUUUUGAGACUACAAUUCCCAUCAUCCCUGACCACUGGUCCUGUUAGCUAGGUAGGAUGGGAGUUGUAGUCCCAAAACAUCUGGAGGGCCGAGUUUGCCUAUGCCUGGACUAGUCAUAUAUUUUUAGCCUCUCUUGAUAGCUACACAUAGAGCCUCAGUUUUCCAGUUGGCAGCAAUAGUUCACCAGUGCCUGAAAUGCUGCGCUUAAUAUUUCUAAGGGUAUCUUGGACUCACCAAUCACUUACCAAUAGAAACAACGCACACAUUGGGCCCCCCAAUGUAUAAAAAGAUUGUGCUUGGUGAUAUGAAAAUGUUUCCUCAUUUUAUUUGUAACAUUUUCUUUUCUUUUUUAUCUCACACUUCUUAGAUAGAGUUAGAAUAAAUACUGUUCUCUUGGGAGGUGUGGUUGGGGGCCAGUUGGCCCUACUGACUUUUAUUAUCAAUCAAACCCCCAUUCCAGGCAAUAUGUAGAAGGCAGUGUGCGCACAUACAGAAUGCACAGAUCAUUGUACCAACAUACUAUGUAUUUUGAUAGUAUCACAGGGGCAAAAGAAAAAGACCUUACUUAUAUCAAUUGUCCAUUUGUUAGGCCAAUCAUCACCAUCAUCAUCUUCAUUCAUUGUGGUGCAGACCCAGCUACGCCCCUCCCUCCAGGAAGAGUCUGGGGUUGGUCUCCUCAUCAGUUGGAACUCAGUGGUCCAACCCUCCAUGAGUCACAGUACACAUGUACUGUGCACUUACGAGAUCACCUUGCUCCACAUGUGCCCACUUGACCUCUUUGAUCAGCGCAACUAGCACUGCUACAGGUGCCGCAUAAUACCUGCUCUGCAUUUGUAAGAACUUGACCGUUUAGUGUGGCAGCACCUGCCCUUUGGAACUCCCUGCCAAUUCAGAUCAGGCAGGUGCCUUCACUGUACUCUUUUUGGUGGGCGCCUGCAAAAACGGAUGCUUAAGAGAGUUGAGAUAAUUUCAGUUUGUUUUGGUAUUUUAACCUUAGUAUGUUUUAAAGUACGGUUGUGGCUUUUUCUUGAUCAUACUGUUUUACCUUUUUGUAGAAAUCACUUUGAGGGUGUGCUUUUUACAAUCAAGUGGUGUAUAAAUUUUAUGAAAUAAAUAAUAAGAUUGUAGCACUGCCUCAUACUUAGGGCUUCAUGGCACGCUUGCCAAAAACGUUGGUUACUACUACUGACUUGGAAUAUAAGAAGUUGCAGAGAAAUAUAGCAGUUGCUGUUAAUAAUGGCCCACAAAUAAGCAUGUAAACUAAUAAAGGAUUGGAGACUAUGUAUGUAGUAUCUGAUUUAUAUAUUACCUCUAUGGCGUAGUUGUCUUUUCAAGGGACUGCUUUGCACAUGAGGAAAUAAAUGGUGUGAUUUGAGUGGAAUCAAAAUAGCCUUGCACAAAUUAUACAUAAGUCCCUUAUCAUCUUCCUACUAGGGAACAGUUUCCCCUUGAAGGGAAACUAUCCUUUUACAGCGUUGGACAGUGAAGAUGGAAUGCAACAGCUACGCUAUCAUUCUUUGCCUAAUAAUCUUUUCUAUUUCUCCACCCCCAGCCCAUUACAACCUUUCCAUUUAUUUGUAUUUUUAUCUCAGUGGAUAGAAUUUGUAUGGAAAGCUUAACUUAAUUCAUAUGCAUUCUUAACUUUCUUUGGGUUUCCUGUUUCAACUACCUGCCUCCCCUCCCUUCGUUCUGACACUUUUUGCCUUAUUCAGCAAAGAGAAACAAUUUUAACCCUGGGAUCAUGGUGGAAUUCCCUUGGGUGUUGUUAUCACCUCAGACUUCUUCAAAGAUAAGCACUUAAGAGAACACCCAUGGGACUGCAGAGAUGAAAAGCGGAAUUGAUUGAAAGGAUUUGAGGGUCUCUCUCCAUAGAAACUUGAUCCUCAAGCAGCAAAGGAGGAAGUUAAACACUCUGGCUGAUUUGUCAAUGUUAGGAUGGAUGCAGCAGGGGCUCCAUCUGUGCCGCUUAGGAAUUCCCAGGGCUGUAGCCAAAUACAGGGAGGAGUGUGCAGAAUGAAGGCAAACCCAAGGAGGAAUUGCUUCAUAUAUGUAUUAUGGGAAUCCUGGAAAUGGAAGUCCUGCUCCUUUGGCCCCUAGUCUUACUGUGAUUCACAUUCUUCCUCUUCCAAUCAGUCAUGGUACUGUUUUAGCCUCGGAACAACUAAGAGAGAUUAGGCUGAGACUUGCCCCAUGCCACCCACUGAUCUUCAGAGCUGAGCAGGAAUGUGAACCUGAGUUUUCCAAGUUCAAGUCCAACACUUAAUGGCAACAUGUAAGUGAUGGCAGAGGUCACAGGGUGACUACUUCUUUGCAUGAUUCCGCCCCGCCCUCCGUCUCACUGUGAACCAACAAAUAUGAUAGAUACAGGCAUUUCUGAAAACUCAUUUGAUUUCAGGUUUGCAGAUUUGCCAAGAAAUUACUAUAGGCAGGCACUUUUGUCAGUGGGACUUUCAAGAAGAUUGCUUUGAUAGGUGAAUGGGAUGCAUGAUUGUCUUGGGCACUUGACCAAGCCUGUUACAUCACAAACAAUACUUGCUGGCUUCGUUUUGUUAGCUCUUUUCUUUCUCUCUUUCUUUUAAGAUGAUGUACCUUCAGGACACCACAUGAUUCUGCUAUGCUACCUCUUCUCUAGAGUACCUAUGCAGUGCUGGUUUGAAAAGAAGCAAUGUCAUCCUUUCCUCAGUGCACUACCAACUCAUUUCAGGAACUUUUCUAUGUUUUUUUUUUUAAAAAAAACUUCAGUGGUGGAAUUUCAUCCAGAUAGUAGAAUCAUAGAAUUGUAGAGUUGGAAGGUACCCCAAGGGUCAUCUAGCCCAACCCCCUACAAUGCAGGAAUCUCAACUAAAGCAGACAUGACAGAUGACCAUCCAACCUCUGCUUAAAAACCUCCAAUAAAGGAGAGUCCACCACCUUCUGAAGAAGUCUGUUCCAAUGUCAAACAGCUGUUACCAUCAGAAUGUUCUUCCUGAUGUUUAGUUAGAAUCUCCUUUGUUGUAAUUUGAAUCCAUUGGUUUGGGCCCUGCCCGCUGGAACAACAGAAAGGAAGCUUGCUCCAUUAUUCAUGUGAAAGGCCUUUAUGUAUUUGAAUAUGGCUAUCAUAUAUCCUCUCAGUCUCUUCUUUUCCAGGCUCAACAUACUCAACUCCCUCCACUGUCCUUCAUAAGGCUUGAUUUCCAGACCCUUUAUCAAGCUUUUUUUGAGGUGAUACAUGCCGGUACGGCAUACUGCCACCUCUUUCCCCCCUGCCACAUCUUUCUUGCCACUACUUGCCCACCCCCCACUCUCUCCCCCCUUUGCUUCUUCCGCCAUUGCUUCCCGCGGCUGCAGGCACAGCUUCCCCGAGGUGCUUUGGUGCAACAUCUCACUACCAUAAAACAAAGUGCUCAACAUGCAAGCCUAGUAGUUAGCAUUUUCCUAUACCCUUUUGGAGAGAUGAGCCAUUGCUGUAGCUGCCUUGCCAAUAUGCUUGUCCAGCUUAGUGUCAAUGGAGAGGUUGCUGGUUAUGCAUAUUGGUGGCACCCAGGUAGACAAAAUCAUCUACCAUCUCAAGCGUGUGGUCACCAGUGCUGAUGCACAGAGUGCUGGCAACAUCCUGACUCAAGAUGUUGGUCUUUGUCAGGCUGAUGGUAAGGCUGAAUUCCAUGUUGGCUUGGGCAAAAUGGUUGAUAAGACUAUGCAGAGCUUUCACAGAGUGUGUUGGCAAGGCUGCAUCAUCUGCAAGCAACAUCUUUUGGAUAAGGGCCCACCAUACUUCUAUUGUGGCAUGGUGAUGUUCUAGGUUAAACGGACCCCUAUAGCUCCUUGAAUGGAUGUACACACUGUUUUAAAUUGAGCUGAAAGCAUUUGAGAGCAGCAGGGAGAAGAAUAUGCCAAAAAGAGAACACAGGCCUGUUUCACAUCAUGCUUUAUAGGGAAGGCAUCCAAAGAUGAGCUAUCAUACUGGGUGGUGCAACACAUGUUCUUGUGGAAGGACACAAUGAUCUUGUGGAGCUUAGGUGGGCAUUCUUUCUUAUUGAGCAGUGUGAGGAGUCCUUUUGGGCUUACGAGGUCAAAGGCCUUCAUCAGGCCUAUGAAAGCGAUGUACAAGGGGUGUCUCUGCUCUUGGCUCUCCUGCAGCUGAUGCAGUGAGAAAAUCAUGUGACCUCUGAGCUCUAAAGCCACAUUGUGACUUGGGAUAGAGCCUGUCAUUGAGGCUGGCUUUCAGCACUUCUGUUGGGAUUCUCUUGUCUUGGGGCUUUACCACAUGCAUGGGAGUUGAUGCUGUUCUUCAGCUCAUUAAGGGAGAGAGGGAGGGAGAUCCAGCUCUUCCAAGACAGGUAGAGUCUGCAUGCUGUCAACUGCUGCAUCAGCAACCAUGUUUUGGGGAAGGACAGUUUAUGAUAGUGCUCUGCCCAUCGGUUCAUCUGCUUGCUGCAGUCUGUGCUGAUUUUCGUGAAGUAGUUUUCCUGACUGUUGAUCCAAAGGCUUUCUUCAUGCAUUCAUACAUUUUGUGAGUGAAGAACAUGUUUGUGAUGCAGAGGCAGUGAUACAAGCAGCCUUUGUCUGUUUUUGUUCAUGCUGCUGGUACCAAAGUGGCCUAUGCAGUAGUCCCAUGUGUGACACUUGCCCCUAACUCUGGCAUUGAAUUCUCCCAGCAGGGCUAGGUGUCUGCAAGCUUGGACCCUCCUGACAGCUUGGUUUAGUUCUUCAUAGAACUUGUCCAUUGUUCGUAUGUCAGAGCACAUGGUGGGAGUGUAGAUGCUCAAGAUGUUAACUGGAUGAUGUGGUUGAGAGGCAGAGGAAGAACAAGUGUUCUGAGUCCUCUGUUGGCAGUUCUAUUGCAGACAGAAGAGAGUUUCUACAUCAUGAAUACAUGGUUCUUCUCGAUGCCCUCUUUGCCAUAAAAAGGCGUAGUUCUUCUAUUGGAGGUUGCCAUUAGAAGUGAGUCUGGUUUCCUGUAGAGCACUUAGGUAAAUGUUGAGCAUUUUCAGCUAACAGUCAAUGAAGGCCAUCUUCCGUGAGUCAUUGACCUGCAGCAGGUUGGUGGACAAGCUAGGACACAUGGCCCUGAUGUUUCAGCUUGCUAGGCGCAAGAGGGUUUGUUUCUGUUCUUUUUUGUCUCGUCUAGUAGUUUGGUCCACUUGUUGAGUCAUACUCUGAGCUCCAAGCACCCAUUGAAGCAGACAGACAGUGAUGGGUCAGCAUUUUUUACCUUUUUCUAAUUUCUCCUGAGCCCUGGGAAAAGGCAUCACUUGACGAACAGUCUUGAAAGACUGUGAAUAGCAUGUUGGUUAUUUUUAGAGAAGUAAUUAAUUCUAAGGGGGAGGGGGGAACUCGCCCCAAACUUUCUGUUUUUCUCUCUGUGCCUGUAUCUACAUAGGGACUUAGCUGCCAUUCCAAGCAACUCUGUAAAUAGAAAAAACCUUUAACAGGGUAUGUAGUGCAACUUAAUACAGUUGCAAGCAAUCUCACAAAUAUGAUACAAAAAUGGAUCUCUGCAUUGACUAACACUACGGCACCAGCCUCAUUUUCAUGUCCCAAGUGAGAAGCAGAGUGAGAAGUAAUUAGAGAAAAGAAAAAAUGGGUAAAGGAGGUUUCCCUUUAAAUCUAAAAAAAGAAACCCCAAAAGCUUCAGUCUCAUUCAGUGAUAUGCCCUUGGUGUUGUGAGUGCUCAGCACUGCUUCUCACAAGUGCUGAUGCAUAAUUCAACUUUAAUUUUUAGUGAUGUGGUUGGUAUACUGGGGGGUGGGUGAGCUCUCUUUGGGGGGGGGGGCGCACACACCAUGUGUUUAAAGCAGGCUAGGCCAUAGACCCAUUUGCUAGCUAACAAAUGUUAUUAGGAGGGAGAAAGAAGGUUGGUACUUCCUUUUAGUAAAGCAGAGAGAGGGAGCGGGAGAGUGAAAAUGUGAAAAUGCUUUUAUUGAAAAUGUGAAAUAUGAUAUUUUUAUCUUUUCUAUAAAUGUAUCCACAAACCUGGAUACCUUAAAUUAAUAUUGUGGUUCUGAGUUAAAAUGGUUGAUCGGGUUUGUGCAAUAGGUUGUUGAAAUCUAACUAUUCAUUUAUGUGCAGUAUACGUAUUAUAGUAAUUCUAGCAGUGCACUUAAGAGGGCACCUACAGAUCGCUAAGUAAAGGAUCUGAUAACAGACACACAAUCAUACCUGGUAUUUUUAAAAGUGACAGGAAUAUAAUCUGGAGGGGAUAACUGGCUAAAGUAUUUAUGCUUUUAAUUUAUUAACAGUUUGUGAUUUUUAAAAAUACACAUAGGGAUCAAACCCACAAAAUAUUUUGAAGAUUAUUUGUUAACAAAUAAUCAAGUGUUCAGAAGUCUGCUCAGUAAACUGACUAAUUGGCUAUAGACUUGUCAUCCUACUUCGUUAAUGUUGUAUUUUCAGUUAAAGUUAUUAGACUGCUGCCUUCCUAAAUGAUCGGGCCACUAUAGGUGCUUAAGGAUGUUAUCAGUUUGAGUAACUGAAUUAAAUACAGAAUAAGUGAACCAGGAAGAUAGAAAGGCACAAAUCAUACAAAAAUAUAUAUUAACAAUUAGGUAGAUUAAUGGUUAAAAGUCCCUAGAUAGAAAGCAGAAUUAAUUAUAUUUUGUGGCCUAACUGCAAGCAUUGCAAAGCAAAGCAAAGCAGAGCACUCAUGCUUACAAAUUAAAUUUAGUGAGGACAUCUUUGAUUUUAAAAUGAGGCCCUGCAAUGUAAAGUGUCAUCAGUAAUAGUUUGUUAUAUCUGCACUAUUUAAUGAGCAUGCUUAUAUCAAGAGCAGAUUAACAUUUCUAGCAAUCUAGGAGGCAAUCCACUUUAAAGAACUUAACAUGGAUUAUAUAAUUCUCUAUCUUUAUACUAUGGUUUUAUACCCAGUGUUGGAUAGGCGGUGGCCAUCAUAAUGCUGAGUAGCAUUCCUGUCCAUAGAUUUUCUAAAAAUAUUGAUUGUGUUUCCACCUGCAUCAUUCAUCUUAAAUGCCCAAAAACAGACAAACUGAAGUUAGCGUUGGCAUACCAGGAAAAUUCUGCAUAUGUUCAUCAUCUCUAAACAUUCUAAAAAACAUUGUCAUGCUAUUGGGUUCUUCCCAAAUGGCUUACCUUCUGAAAGAAUAAUAGAAUUGCAGACUUGGAAGGGACUCUGAGGGUUGUCUAGUCAAACCCCUGUAAUGCAGGAAUCUCAACUAGCUCAUACAUGACAGAUGUCUACUGUCAUGGGAGAAAUUAUUCCACGACAAAACGGUUUUGUACUAAAAGGAGUUACUAGAGUAUAGGCCAGUGCUCCUAACUUGCAGCAGAACUAGAGUUGCAUCAGCAGUUGUAUCCAUCUGAAGUAUAAAUGGUGCUGCUGUGCAAAACCCAAAGUCUGGGAUUAGAGUAUUGCAAGCUAAAUAAAGAGUUAUUUAAUCUCUGUAUUUUACUCUUAUGGCAAAAAAGCAGUUCUUGGGUCAGAUGUUUUUUGGUAGGAAGUAGAGAAGAAAGACAGGGAUUUCAUGGAAGACACAGCACAGUGGACUAUUCAUUAGUGAUGGAAGUCCAAGCACUGGAACAUUUCUAGUUCCCAGAUAAGAAUGCAGGAAUACACAGUACAACUGCCAUUGGUCUUUUAUUUAUUUAUUUUACAGUAUUUAUUUAUUCAUAGUUUUGGGACUUAGAUUAUAUUUUAAGUUUUUAGAUUAUAUUUUAUUGUUGUUUUGGCCUUCCAGUCAUGACUUGGUAAUGCAGAACGGAGGAUUUUAUUUUUUUUCUGGGCAAGACCAUUAUUUUUAAUAGCAUUUUUUUGUUUGCGCCAUCAUUUCUCCACCCUUGACCUUGCUUAAUAGAAGAUUCUCCCCAUCCUUUCUAUCAGUCCACUGUCACAGCUUUUAGCAUCAUCCUCUUAAUGGGAAUAAGCCCUGGAACUCAAUGGUAGCAAUGACAACAAAGCAGCAUUAGUGAUUUAUUGGGAGACUGGAUGCAAUGGAUCUCUCUCUGUUUUCCGGUAUGUUGGCCAAGCUUGAAAGAGGCGAUGUGUGCACAGUAGAUGAUUCUGCAAGGAUCUGAGACCCGGAUCUGCCAGAGAGGAAAAAUAUCCAAUACAUUUUUGGCUUUGUGGUGUAUCCUGGGUUGUUCUAUGUUAACCAUGGACAUAAACAUCAUAAUUUAAAAAAUAAUUCAAAACAUGUUUCUCUAAAUAUAAAACAAAGGUUGAUGUGAAUUGAUGGCAGUUUUAGAAAUAAUAUGUCCCAAAGUACCAUGACCAUCCUUCUCUCUCCCAUUUGUGACAUUUUCAAAGAAACACUGAUCACAAAAAUUUAGGGUAAUAGGAUGCAGCAAACAAAAACAAUUGCAUUUAUGCCAAUUACUGAGUAGGUGUCUCAUUUGCACUUCAGAUGUUAACAUUUCUGCUUUUUUAAAUGUAGCCAGUUUUGAAAGUCAUAUAGCUGAACACAAUGAAGACACUGAAUUCAUUUCAGAUGAUUAUUAGAAUUCAGGAUCCAUUUAAAGAUGUACAUAAAUAUGAGCUGAUUUGAAAAUUAAAUAUAAACGAUUGGAGCGCAAAACAUUUUGUUACCCUUGCCCAGAUGGAUGCUGAAAUUUGAGAUGCAACAAAUUAGCUGGGAAGGUUGGCUCCUCAGGUAAAAUACUCACUGGCUUCCCACAAUAUCUAGUCCCAACGUUGCAUUGAUACAGUAAAUGACAGCAGCUUCUCCAUCAGAUUAAAUAUUUAGGAAUGAUAGGUAGUGGCAUGGUACUCCUGACAGUAUCCUUUACACAUUAGGUGCUUUCAAUGCUUUGGAAGUAUUUAGCCACAGUCUGAAAAGUAACUGCACCUUUCUAACAUUGGGUCACCCCUCUUUCUUUCCAGACCAGAGAUUGCUUUUAUCCCGCUUACUAUUCUUCUGUUCUUCUUGGCUGCUUAUGCAUGUGCAUGUCAUGCAUUAACCAGUUUGCCGCAUGUUCAAACUAAACCUGGACUAGAGUGCAGUGGAAGAGCAGCAAACGCUAGUUGCAUGUUAAUGGACCCGACUAAGAAGCAAAAGUAAAGCACUAUCAGCUACGGAGAACAGAACUCCUGAAGCACUUUUCAUUUCUUUUCCUCUUUGUCUGGAGGCAUUUGCUCAGUAGUUUCCUUCCAGGGUGUGCCACUCAGGUAUUCUCAGGUAAGAAAUGAAGGCACAACCAUACAUGUAUCCUUUUAAGUAUGAAAUUUCUGUCAAAAGAGAAGCAUGUGACUGAGUUUUAUCACAUAUGUAUGUACCUAUUCAUUGCCCCUUUGACUGUGUGAGCUAGUUGCCAGCGAAUUCAGUUUAACCUGUUUCUAUGCAACUUACUGCCUUAGGAUAUGUACAGAUGUACAUAAUUUUAGCAACGACGCUACUGUAGAAAUGUGCUCACUACAUUUUUAGACAGAUGUAUAACCUUUUCCUUUGGAUCAACUUCAGCAGAACCCUGUUUUACCUUAUUGGAACUGAAAUACAGAGCUGAUUGGCCAGCUGUGUGACCAUUCAAUAGCAUUUCCCCACUAUCCUUGGAACAAUAUGACAUUUGAAACAAAGGGUUUUUUUUUAUUUUAUAAACAACAGCAACAACAAAGUGCUAAACAAACAUUUGAAUGAAUAAGCAUGUGAAGCCCAUAAAUGAAAUUAAAUAGACAAUCCAACCAGAGCAAGGGUAAAGAGGAAGAACUCACUCACAGCCACUUGCAUUUGCAGGUACAUCGGUAUGCAUCUUUGAUUAUGUCCAUGGCAAGAAGAUUAUUUGACAAUGUGGCUGUAGAUGUAUGGAAAAUGUUACAUAUGAAAGUUUUGGUCCCCACAUAGUGGCUACUGCAGCUGCAAAGUGAGCUCAAAUAGCACACAUGUCUGUAGUAUAUAGGGAGCAAUAAUCAGGGCUAGGGUUAAUGUCCCUCACUGCCACAUAACAGUUUCUCUUGCAUAUUAUGUUGCAUUGCCGAAGCUGCUGAAAUCUACAGCAGUUGCCUUUAAUGACUGUGGCAACUGAAUACAGAAAACAAAUAUAUUCAGAAGAGAAAGAAGUUGCUAUUACUGGUGAUGAGUCUAUGUUAUGUGCCCACCAUUGCAGAUCAUGCUUCAAAUUGAUCAGUCUUUAAAUUCAUUUUGUUCGACUCCUUAAAUGCCAUGGCUGUUUUAGUUGGCUUUCCAUUGUUAAAUUGCUUGACAGCAGAGACUGGAAUAUUUAGGCAAAUGGGGCACUACUCCAUCAACCUCAGUGUGCCUUCAGCCAUCCCAAUCUUCCUGCCUUCAUACUUACAAGCAGUCCAAGAGUGGCUGUCACUUUGCUCCUCAGUCUCAGUGAUGUCCUCCUAGUACUCAAUGGAUAGGAGGACAGAAACAAAACUAGAACUGGUUGGCUGUGCCUGCCAUUGGUGCUAGCCCCACCUACUGUUGGCUUUCUGCCCUAUCCUAUGCACAGUAGCCAGUACUGAUGUUGUUCCAUAUCUUCUUGAUCCCUCUAUUUCCAUAAGUGCUACUUAUGAUAGCAAAAUGAUUUCAUUUGGUUAUGUAUGGCUAUGUAUGAUUGUUGUUGGCAUCCAUUUGUCUUGCGAGACAAUGAAGUGAGCCUCUGGGGGUGAAGUCAAACUGCUGUGUUAGCCCAUCGAAGUGACCUCCCCAGGACGCAAACCUCGGCAAUGUGUAUGGAGGUCCUGGGCUGCCCAGACGAGAAGACCCCCUUCUCAGCCAUGCUGGUGAAGUCCAACAGAAAGCAUAGCAAUAUGCUUGGCAUCAGCUUGUCAGAAGGAGGCACACAAGGCACCAUCCAAUCAUCUUCGGGACUCCACUCCAGAUUUGUGUAGGGUUUACUCCUUAGCCUUUGCUUCUCCCAAAGAUAUCCCACAAGGUAGCAGAGGUUUAGGAUCAGAGUAUUUCUUCUCCUAGAUGGGUUACCUUCCCAAGUUGAUGAGCCUCAUCUGUCCCUCACUUCCCUCUACAGCAUGUUCAGAAAUGGCCUUCUUGAGCAUUGGACCCACUAUUGGUCUCGUCUGUUCAAUCUGCCAGAACAUGUCUUCGCAUGAAGGGGAAGUCCCAUCAGCUUCCCUCACCUGGCUUAGCUGGCUAGUUGAAGCCGUUUCCCGGGGUGUGGCCGCUGUCACAUGCUGACAGCCUCUGGGAUCUGAGUGCAGGAUGGGGACCAAAGGUGGAGAAACUACCCAGAAGGAGUGUGGGAGCCAGGAAGUCAUGAAAAAGGCUUGUAGCGCCACCUGGUGCCUCGCUGAACUCAGUGACCUGCAUGUCCGUGCCUUGCAGUGUAUUAAGUGCAUAGCCUUAUAUGGAGUUAUGUUCCCCCUCUGGGCAGUAAUAACCCUAUAUGGCGAUGGGCGGGUUUAAGCCAUGACCGGAUGUAGGUAAUGUGAGACAUUGGCAAACGGCCAUGCUACAGGAGAGAACAAAGGAUAAUAAAAGUUAUGGGAGAGAAGAGAAGUUCGAAAGGAGCUGCUCAUACCAUCCUGAAAAUAUUGCUGGCUCUCUGUGUCUUUAUUUUAUGCUAAACUGCGCCAUUUGUGACGGCUGGCUCCGACAAAGGAGCACAAUGUGUCCCCCACUGGACACAUUCCCUAAUUACUUCUUCCCUAAUACUUCUUCCCCAUACACCCCACACCUAUGUAUGAGAACUUGUAAUAAUUAUAUCCUCCAGUGGGGGGUUUGUUGGUAGAGGCUGGGCAGUUCACUCUUGGAGUAGUGAGUGGGUUUUGCCUCCACUCCACUAUUAUCUCUAAAUUGGCCCUCAUUUGGUGUAAGUAUAGGGAUACACUCAGGGACACUACUAGGAGAGAUCUCGGCCUGCCCCUGCCUCAGUGCCGAGGAGAACAGUCAGACUGAAUUGUAUCUCAAAUUGUUGCCUGUUUAGUUUGCUCUGUAGAACUCAAUGAUUGCUGUUGAGAAUGGAGCCAGCUGUAAUCUGCAUAGUUUUGUGAUAGCCACAUACCAUGACAUGUCUAUGCAGAAAUCAGCGUCAACCAGUUUUCAGGUUUCUGUUGGUUCACAACUGGCUGACCUUGAUUUCUGCAUGGACAUGUUGAGAAAUGUGGCCUUUGAAUAACUCUACUAACAUGGCAUGAAUGACUUUUGCCUUGAUACUGUAAGUGGUGCCCUGAUGCAUACAAAUGCUAGUUAUGUCACAGUUUCCUUUCCUCUCUUUAUUUCAGUUACUAGACCUGAUUUGUCCUUAUUUUAAUUUACAUUCACUGGAUGUGAAUACCAGUAGGCUUAGGGAAAACAUCUAAUAUAUAUAUAUAUAUAUAUAUAUAUAUAUAUAUAUAUAUAUAUAUAUAAAGAAUGGUCUGCUACACAGGAAGUACAGAAUGGAUUUAAUUCAGAAUGGAAUAAAACAGUGUGGUGCAUUUUAUGAUGGGUAAUAACUAGUGAUAGGCAAAUGGGUAUGAUUUAUAUUUCAUGGAGUAUAGGACUGGAUUUCUGGGCUUGUUUCAUGAGCACUACAGUGUUGGGUAAUUCUUUUCCAAAAAGGAUGCCCUUUCUACAGUAAUUUGUCAUAACUUGUCUAUAGUGGUUCUCUUGUAAGUUUUGCCCUCCAUCCCAAGAUCUGCACCUGUCGACUUUCUUUCAUCUUAACCUGUAGGUGACUGCUCCCUUUUCUGUCUUUUUAGUGUAGAUAUUAACAACAGAGAAGCUGUGGGACUGACAGUUCUGACAUUUGAAGCCCUUUAUUUAGAGGACAAGAACAGCAUGGAUGCAUAUUUCUAUUUGCAGCCUCAAUAUGCUUCCCACUCACCUUGUGUGUGCGUUGCCUGGUCAGUCCUGAAUUUGGUCAGAGCAGUAGCGCAAGGGUACUGUCGUGUGUUUUGUAGUUUUGAGGCUGCAUCAAUUACCAUAAUAUGCAGUGGAAAUUGUGCAAAGGAAACCUACUUGCUUGCAGUGCUCUGUUUCAGUUGGGUAGCCUAAGGUCACAAUCACACAUAUAAAUGUGUAAAAGGUAAAUGGUGAAUGCAAAAAUAUGUUUUCAAAUACAUUAACCAUGCAGUUUCUUUCAUAGAGCUGUUAAGGUAUGAAUGUGAGGAGAGGUUCACAGGCUGAUCUUCCGCUGUCCCUUCCGUAUGUUUUCCCCAUUGGGGCAAAAAGCAGGUUUGGGUAAGCCCUCCACCUGCCAGUACUGCUCUCCUUUGUCUGAGUUGGAUCCCCCUAGCUGCUUUUAAGAAAAAGUGAAAAUAUGUGGCAAGUGAUAUAGGGUAGAAAAUGUUCCACUUUUAGAAAUGCAUUAUUUCAUAAGGUUAAUAACAUACUUAAUAAAAACAUGUAAGAUUGUUCAACUCGAAUGGAUACAAUACCAGACAAAUCUAAAAUCAAAAGUUGAGCUUAUCCUUUUGCAGGCAAUUAUCCCUAUAUAUAUAUAACUAGAAUUUUCAUUCUAAUUUUGCCCUUAGGUUUGUUGCCACAUAAAGUGUGAAGCAAUUUUCAUUGGAGAUGUUUUUGUAAAUAGGAGCUUCAAUUCUUUGUUUUAGCAGUUUGUAUUUUUAUUUUUAAAGGACUUGUUUGUGCAUGCGUGUGGCCAAUAGUGGCCAUUUACAAUAGAACUUUGUAAGGACCUUCCUUGAAAAGAAGCCGACCAGUAGUCUUCACCUUUUGCAUAGUAUAAGGCAGUGGUGACUGGUGCUGCUCAACAGGGUCUUCAGUUCUGCUUUCCUCCCCUCCACUGCCUAUCUUGUCCCUUUCAUGUAAGGGUCCCUCGGUUUCUCUCCCCUCUUUCUCAGAUUCUGUUUUUUGUUUUGUUUUUGUUUGUUGGUUUUGGUAAUCACCAGAUUAUUCAAGUCCAUCAAUGCAUAACCAGGAAUGGUCAAUGGAUGGAUUAUUAUUUUGCAUUUCCUGGGAGGCAUUGUACAUUUUCCUCUUGAUACUAAUGUGAUAGUCUUUUAGGUUGCUUUGUGCGACCAGUGGAGAAUGGGCAGAGGAAUAAUAAACCAUAAGGGUUGAUUUUAGGAAGAUUUUAAAAGCAAGAUUUUGUAAGAUGGUACUUUUUCACUGUAAUCACAAGGGAUUGUAAGGCAGGGGAACAUUUUUUUCAUGUCAUCUGUGUAAUUUCUUUUUUACAUUGGCAAAGGAAUACUUUAUUGUAAGUGAAGUCAGGUCUCUAGAAUUGCACCAAGUGGUCUCAUCUAAAAGUGGAUCAGGGCCAAUAAGAGUUGAAGCUUCCUUCUGAAAAGAAUGGGAAAGUGUGGAAGGCUGAGCAGGCUUGCUGUGUGUGUGUGAAAGAGGCAAAGAAAGAAAAAUGUGGAUGCACAUCUUUGUACGUGUCUGAAGGCAGGCAGAAGGGAGUGAAUAAAGUAGGUACAUUACUAGGAGAGAUGACUGGAGCAGAGAGCAUAAAUGAGCUUGACAGGCAGCUCAAUUUCUCUCUCUGGAGAAAAGGAAAAGGGAGGGUGCCUGAUAGAACAAUACAAGAAGGCAGCACUGGCCAGCUGAAUCUGCACUUUCAUAUAAUUCCUUUGAACGCAUUUUGCCUCUCCCUUGCCACUCCCUUUUCCCAAUGUGCUGCUGUCACUGGCCAUUGUGGCUUUGUGUCUUUCUCUGUGUGUGGCUUUAUAAAAAGGGCAUUGCUCUGUACCAUGGGAGAGGCUAGCAAAUGCCACACCGUCCUUUUGAAGCUGGCUGUGCCUUCUAACUGCCACCCAGAGUAGACCUUGGAAAGAGGAAUGAGCCUUGAAUUGUCAUACAACCACAGGUACAGCAUGGUCUAGUGCAUAGCCCUAACGUGUAGUGAAAAUAUAUCAUAUCCAGCAGCUUGACAACUUCUCUUCACUGAUCAUUAUAACUAAAGGACUGAGGAAGAGACUGGGGAGUGGAAAGAGAAGAAAGGGAAGUGAUGAGAAAGUGUGCAUGAGGGAAAAUCGAAGAUAAAUGGAGGGAAAGGAAGAUGGGAAGAGAUUAGAAAGACUGCAGAGAACACAAAUUAAGCGGUUUUUACUGAAUCAGUCUUAGAGAAUCAGUUGUUGUUGUUUUUAUUUAAAUGGGCUAACAGGUUUUAAAAGGAGUGGUGCCCUAAUCAGAUGCAUGUUUUUCACAUAUGCAUUACAAAUAUGUCUGCAAAUGUGACAUGACGGCUGGCAACACCAAUCCUUCCAUGUGGGAAUCCCUUGCAGAUGACUGCAGUGCUGGGAGACAGGCAGUCAAGUCGUGUAUCCAUAGAAGUGACCAGAGGAGAAAUGACCGCUGGGAGGAACACAGAGGGAAGAAAUGCCAUGGUGCAUCUGCAGCAGUACAACUGGAUAUCUUUAUCGGCUUCUGCUGCAACAAAACACGUCUCACAUACACAUCAGUUUCUACGGCCACAGCAAGAACUGCAACUGUAGAGCAUGACCUCACCCCCAAAGGCACACUCCUCCAUUGUCCCCCAAGGCAUACAGAUAAUCAACAACAACAAAGCUUUCCCAUAUAUUGGGAAGAGCCUGUAUUCAUGCAGUAGUUUCAUAGCAGGAGACAUGACUACCCCUGCAGCAAGAGAGGCCUCUUUCUUUUAUCCCAAUCUGUCCUGUGUUAGGGUCAUGGCAUAAAGAACAGAAUUGUUUUAUUAGUUCUGGGGAAGGUUGCCACUACAGUGGUACCUCCAGUUACGAACUUAAUUCAUUCCGGAGGUCCGUUUGUAACCCGAAACUGUUCUUAACAUGAGGCGUGCUUUUGCUAAUGGCGCCUCCUGCUGCUGCCAUGCCGCCAAUGUGCGACUUCCACUCACAUCCCAGGGCAAAGUUUGCAACAAGGGGCAUCUAUUUCCGGGUUAGCGGAGCUCGUAAUCCAAAGCAUUCGUAAGGAAGGCGGUACACUGUAUUUUAAAGUCGUUCGCAACUUGGACUCCUCCUCCAUCCGAGCACAUGAUAAAGCAGCCAUCAUAUUCUAAACAAUUUAGUCUAUGUCGUUUCCUUUCACAGGGAGAAAAAUGGGGCAUAUUAAGGGAUGGAGGAGUAAGAGAGCUGAUAUGGUGACCAGGUUCAUUCCUGGUAUGCCCAAGAUGGGUGCUGGACCAGUUUUCUAUCAUGCCACCAGCACCCAUAAUUUGCUAACAUCUUUGGGAGGCCCCAGAGGUUCAGGGCCCUAGGAUUAUACUCUAAAGUCUCACCCUGACUGGAGCAAUCAAUGAGCCAUGGGAUGGCCUCAGGUUCGAGGCUCACUGUUCGUACCUCUGAGAUCCAACAUGGUCUGGGUUUUUCAUUUUCCUGUUCCUUGCAUAACUGAUUGACAGCGAAAAGGAAAUACAUGGUUCAGUGGUAUCCUAUUGCACCCCUUCUUGUGCUAUACAUUGCUGGGAAGAAAGAAAUACAGAGUUCUUGUAAUGUCUUGUUCUGCCCUCAGUUUGCUCCAUUAUAGAGUGGCAGCUGCUGUAAAUGAGUCCUGCCGAGUCAGGGUGGAUUGUCCCCCCACCAACCACCUGGCAGUAAGAAGCAGGAUUACAUUGCUUCCUACUUAUCCAAAGGCACGGUCCUCCUGGCAUAUGCAUGGCAGUUCCAGUUUGGCCCUGCAAGACAGAACAGAGGAAAGAGCAUGCUUUCCAAGCUGCCAUCUCUUGGUAUUUAUGCACCAGAGCUGGGCAGUGUCACAGUGACCUGCUGUUUCACUUAAUGGCUUUUGUGUGUGUGUUAAUUUUGCUCCAGCAGGUCAGUUGCUACGUGCCAGCUCAUAUAACCCAGACAGGACUAACCCCAUCCGUAAUGGUUUGGCACUUGUCUUAAUUCUCUCUGGCUUGUCAUCUGAAAGACCAAAUAAAGCUAGCUUACAAGAAAAGGUUAAGAGAACUAAUCAUCUUUGGUUUGGCAAAAAGAUGGCUGUAUGUGUGGCUUGAUAUGACAGUCACAGAUAGGUAUUUUGAAGGACAGAAUCAACAUAUGGUGAAAUGAAUUGUCUAAGCUAAACUACAGGAGUGUAAUUAAUAUAAUAGGAUAAAUCUGAGAGCCAGAAUUUUUUUAGUCCGAAUUAUCACACAACAGUUCCUAAGGGUGUGCUUUAUUAGAAUGUGGGAUAAUCUUCUAAUGGCAGCAGCCCUACUGCUUGAAUCAUUUUAGACUGUAUAACUAGUGAGGGAAUAUUCUAUGGAGAACAAUCUUGAAAUUGACCAGGGGAAAAAUGAGAUUAUCAAAUGGAGGCAUUUCAUUUAUAAUUUCUGUGACACAAGCAGUGCUUUUCUCUUCAAAUCCCUGGAAGCUGCUGCCAAAACAUCUAUUUUCCUAUGUGUAAAUUACAUACAUGGGACAGGCUUGAAAGGAAGGAUUAACUUUGGAUCUGUUACUAUAUAAAUUAUCCAUGAGAAAAUAUGCAUUCUUCUUAGCAUCUCUCUCUCUCUCUCUGUGUGUGUGUGUGUGUGGAGUGGCAGCAAAGGGAAAGAGAUACAUGAAGCUGUAGAGAGAAUAUGAAACUUUGCAGAGUUUUUAGGGCUUGCCUAGUAUACUACCUAGUGACUAAAUGAAGUAAAGAGCCAAAGACAUUGUAGUGUUUAGGACACAGAGAAGCUGACUGUGGUGCUGGCAUGGACUGCCCAUGUUUAUUUACAAUGGCAUUUUGAUUUUGCAACACUGAGCUAUGGUCAUGUGGGCUAGCACAGUUCCUACUAAUUUAUUUAUUCCAUUCAUUGAUUCAUUCUAGCAUUUCAGAGCAAAGCCCUCCCUGGAAGCAGAUACCAUAAAACGAAAAUAAAACAAUUCUUUACAAAAUAUAUAAAACAAUUAAAUAAAAAAACCAACAGCAGACUAAAAUAAUAUACAUAGAGCCUAAGCCUCUGAAAGCCUCGUGAUUUUUAAGGGAUGUUUGGGUAUUAUUUACAGGAUAGAUUAAUUGAUAACAGGAACAUAACUAAUGCCCACCCAGCAUCUUCUCUCUCUCUCUCUCUCUCAUAUGCAUGCAUUGGACACACACACAGACACACACGAUAUAUAUAUAUAUAUAUAUUCUAACUUGUAUGGUAGAACAUCAUACUUUUAGUAGCCUGUGCUAUCCCUGUAAAGAGAUAAGUAGGUCUAAGAUGGACAAGCAUUGACAAGAAACAGGUACGGGCUAAAGAUAAGUCAGGACUCUGACAACCUGACAAGUUACAAGAAUAAGGUGUGACAAGUGCACAUGGAUGGGUAACUAGCCUCAUCUGAAAUGCCAUGCAGAUUCUUCCACAUCUACCUGUGCAGCUAGAGAAUAGGUUUGCUGUAGCCUUAUGGACCUGGAAGUUACACUUCUUGCUACAUUAGCCCCACUGGCUUUAAAAAUAAAAAAGGAGGAGACUUCCGGGGUGGCGCCAGCGGUAAUGGCGGACUCCCUCUGAUCCGGAGGGACUGGCUCUACAGAAAUCGGGUCUGUUCCGCUACGGCGAAGCGGGGACUCUUUAAAAAAUCACAGGCAGGUGAAGCCUGUGACCGUGGGACUCGGCAGGCACCUUUCGCUCCCCCCCAAUUUGUAAAGGAACCCAAUUACGGGCUCCGGAGCGAAGCGGGGCAAGCGGCGCGGUGCUGAGAGUCAACUGCUUCUUCCGUGGAGCGAAGCCACACAGCCGUUACCGGAGAGCGCUACCUUUUUCCUGUGACAAUCUGGCUACAAAAAUAACUACCCGUGAGUAGGUUAAAUUUGGACAAUUGGACUCUAAACAACGACCCGUGAGUAGAACGGAAAAUUGGACUAAGAAAUUCCUUUUAAUUUGGCACUGAAGCGGGUAGGUCUAAACAGGAAGUCAGCCUUCCGCUUUUUGUAGAAAGAUUAAAGCAAAGACAUGGCAAGCUAGAGUUUAGAAAACCGUUUGCAAAGGAUCAACUUUCAUCAUCGAAAAUUACUGAACCCCCUUUGGAAGCAGGAGAAGAGGGGGGAUUUUCUGGACUGUUUAAACCUGCAGAAGAGUGUGUAAAGAAAAGCAAUUUUCCACCGUCUUGAACCUGGGAGCGGGGUGUCAGGACAGACGUUUUCGGAGUUCACUGACUAUAGACAAAUGUUUUUGACAGACAGUUAAAAGAAGAGAAACAUAGUGAUUCCAUUGUUCUCCUUCGCAGUUAAAAGGAACAAAAUAUUGACAAAAUAUCUGAAAAAGGAAACUUUGUUGUUAGAUCUGCUUUAAAAAAAAAAGAGAGAGAGAGAGAUGGAUACAAAUAGAAGCUCUUCCCCUAGAGGGAGCUUGUGAAACUGUUAUUAAAUCUGAACUGGGGAGCUUUGCAGCUGCAAUAGAUUAAGAUCGUGGGAUCAGACUUUGACCUUGCACAACAAUGUACUCGGAGGCUGUGGUGUGUGCUUUCUGCAAGACAAGUGCUUUAUUGGAACAGUUACAUGAGAAGACGGAUUUGAUGACUGUUGCGAUCAGAAAUUUUGGACAGGUAGUGGGUAUCUAUAUAGAACCCACUCAGGAAUCAAUUCAAGAGUGUGCUCUGACAGAUCAGAUGAGGGAGGAGGUUGUGGCUGGACCCCGGGAGGCAGAGAUGGAGGGAACUGUGGCCCAGCAGGAACAUGAGUUGUUGGAUCUGACGAAUGAACCUGAAAAAAGCCAGAUUUGGAGAGAUAGAGUCUUGUUUGGCUUGGAGAUGGGGGGCUGGAUAGACCCCCCUAUGCAGGGAUGUUUUGACUUUCCAAGUCUGGCGUUGGGCCAGGAGGAGUUUGGAGUUGUGGGGGUCCUCAACUUUGGAGGGACCUUGAAACAUGCUUUUAAAUACCACAUGGAGUUCAGUGUGGACUAUGGAAAAGGGGCUGAUCUGUCGAGAAGGGACAAAAAAUAUUGUCAAGCUGGAGUCUCCAUGAGUGAAAGGAGCAGAAGACAAAAUAAAGUACAGGUAUAAAUAUGAAAAAGAUCUGCGGAAGGGACAUGGAAGAGACUUAAGGGCCUCGGACAUAAGGUUACCAGGUUAAUGAACUAGAUGGAUGGGAUAGAAAGGACUGACAAAACCCGAGACCAGGAGGAAGAGACGUUGGAUGAAGACUGGAAGAAAGUUUUAAAAAUUCUACUUAGGAAUGUUUUCUAAAAUUAAUGAGUAUUAGAAAAAUGUUGGAACGAAAUUAUUUGGCUUUAGCAGAAAUGUUAAAAAGAACUAUGUAAGAAUAUGCUAUGGUUAUGAGAAAUUGGUAUAAAUAAGAUUUAAGUUUUAAGUUUUAGGGCUUUUUAUGGUAAGAUAAGAUUAAAAUAGAUUAAGGUAAUUUAAUGACAGAAUAUUAUGAAAAAUGGAAAGGAUUUGCUGUGACAAUAACUAGAAUACAAAAAAGGGAGGUGUGAGGAGGUCGAUGAAAUAAGGUAAUGACAGUUAAGGAUUUGGGAAUAUUGGAUCUGUUUUUAAAUCUUUGUGGUUUAUUUUUGCUUUCCGAUUUUGAUGUGCUAUGUGUUUUGUUUUUGCUUUUUGCUUUUGACUUUUAUCGAUUUGUAUUGUUUAAUUGCUAUUUGUUUCUUUCUUGUUUUUCCCUUCUUUUUCUUGUUUUUCUUUUUUUUGUAAUUUUAAAAUUCUCAAUAAAUAUCUUUAAAAAUAAAAAAUAAAAAAAGGAGGCAGCGGAGGAGGGUGGCGGAGGGGAGAGACAGCUUUUUCUGAACCAACCAAUAACAAAAAGGGGAGAUUCAAACCCUGUUUCCUGAUCAAGUAUCCCUGACCUCUUUAGCUUUUUGUCAGUCAUGUAAAGGUUCUCCAUGUUUUCCCCACCAGAACUGAAUCCACAGAGCAGCCUUCAUACAUUUUAGAGCCUUGUUUGUCUUAAGUAUGGAACAUGAGAACAAUUUUACUUUUUUUGGUCAAUUAUUAAACUGUGAUUGUUUCAUUCAACAUAUAUUAGAGCAGGGGCCCAAUCCUUUCUUGCUUGAAGACAUUUGAAAAGAAAAUGCUAUGGUUUAUAUAUGCACACACAAAUUCAUAUACAUGCUUUGUAUUUAGUUUCGCUUUAGUCUUGUAAUAAGUGAUCUUUACAAUACAAUCCUAUCAAAUGUCAGCUACUCUGUGAUUCUCAGGGAGGUCGCAGAGAAAUUAUCUGGAAUUAUGCAGCCAGUGAAAUAAAUUGCAAACCUUUAGUUUGUUUCAGGAAGGCCAUUUCUCAAUUCUGUAACUCAGCACUGGUAGAUAAGAUAAAGCAAUAUAGUGUUCUACCUAACCUUCAGGCACUUUGGGUCUGACUUGAAAAUCGAGUCAGGUUUUCUGGCCCAAGCCCUUUGGUAAUUAAAAGUGUAUGUAGUUAUAGAGGGGGAAAGAGGGAGAUAAAAUGAAAUGAGAACUGAUGAGUAUAGGAUUCAAUCUAAAUCUCAACCAAAUUUCACAUGUGGUGGAUAUGUGAACAUAUAAAGCCCUUCUGGCAGAAGGCAUUUACAGAAAUAAGCUAUAUUACAGGUCAGCAUGUGGAAUGCUCCUCAAGUUUGGGUUUAACUAUUUUUAAAAAAGGGCAAUCUGACUUUUCUUACAACAAACUAAUUACUUUUCUUUUUGUAGCAGCACGCCUACUAGAGGCACAGAAAUGGAAAGGAUUGGAACUUCUUUGUGUAUCUCAUUGAAAACAGAAUGUAUGGUCUAUUGCUCUAUCAGAAAAGAAUAACAAAGAGAUUACAUGCAUUGAAUAAUAGUAGAUGAUUUUGUUGAAAUUGUGUUUUCAACAUGCUUUUAUAAAAUAUAACCCUGAAGAAUAGCAACCACCGAAAUUACAGAUUGGAUUUGGGCGAACUUAAUUAGAUUAAUCUGUCCUGUAGGGGGUAAAUUGGGAUUUUGUUUUGGUAUCUGUUUUCUUUCUUUGUAAUCAUUGUUAUAUAUUGGAAAUCAAUAAAACUAAAUUUAUUUAUUUUUUUAAAAAGAAAGAAACUGGUGAAAAGGCUGAUUCAGAAGAGAAGGGAGUCAAAGUAGAUCCAGCAUAUUUCAGCUGAUACUUUAUACUGAGCCAGCACUGUGGGUAUAUCAGAGUCUGAAGCCAUCAAGCAGGCAGGGUUCAGAAGCCUGCUACUCUACCAAAAAGCUGGUCUAAUAAAAUAUUUCAUAUGUCGGAUUCUUGAAUCCUGGAUCCUUUGAGAUGUGUGGAUAUUUGCCAGGCUUUCAUCCACACAGACAAGGGAAAUGAAGGGAGGGAAGAAGGAAUGUUGCAUUAAAGAACAGCUAAAAUUACCUAAAUUGUACCAACCUCUUUCUAAAAUUGAGGAACAGCUUGUGGGAGAAUGCUCUCUAGUCCUCCAGAAUGAACCAUUUUAAUUCCUGCUCUGAAGGGAUCUUGCCCUUGCCACACUGUGUGUCAGGUUUGGUUACUUGCUUAUAGAUGUCAGUAGCCUCUGCUGCCCUGGCUCCUCACUGACUGAGUGUAUUGUUGUUCUUUAUGAUUAUUAGUUUCAGUUAUCAGUGCUCAAAGUGAACAUGGCAUUUUACAGACAAGUAAAAUAUGUCAGGAAUUUAUCCCAAAUAGCCUUCUAUCUAAAUGAAGCAUUGCACUCUUACAUGAAUGACACUAUCUUGCAUUUUUGUUUGUGUGGAACCCAUUGCAGAGGGGUGGGGGCAGGCAGGCUGGUCCUGGAUAAGACUACACAUGAUGGAGAAGAUUAUGGCAAUAAAAUAUAAGUUUAAUUUCCCCCCAUGAGGCUUAGAUUGCCGAAGAGUGAGGCAGACUUGAAAGAGCAGAAUGAUAAUGAUUUUCAGAGUGGUAGAGCUGAUGGGAACUAUCUAAGGAGUUAUUUCAUAGUUAGUCCGAUAUACCAACUAAAGGUAUUGAAUUUGUUUCCCAAACAUAAUUGCCCUGCUGAAAGUAACUCUGCCAUUUAAUUCAAACUGUUUUCUCUCUCCAUUUUAUUCAACAUGUGCCCAUUCCAUUAUCCCAUGCAUUAUGCUAUCCCACCCCUCUAAUCUUAUGUACCUGCAACUGUGUAUCAUAUUGUAAUGUCUGUUAAAACAACAUAACAGCAUCUGAUCAACAUUAGAAAUGACUCCUCCAAACUUCGGAAGAUCUCUUAGUCCCUGCAGCCUUACUAGAAGUUGCCAUUGUCCUCCAGAAUCAUGAUGGAUCGUGUGCAAGAGCGGUGGCAGACUUGGUACCAUGGUGCCCUGUGCAAGGCCAAAAUUUGGUUUCCCCAGUCCUUCCCAAAGGCAGGUAAGGAGGCACUCAGCUUUGGGAAAGAGGUGUGAGGGCUUGUUAGAGUUGAAGAAGAAGAGCCCACCCACCUCCUUCCAAAAGUACUAACUAGACUUUGGGAAGGAGGCAUGAGUACUCUAGGGCCCUGCCAGAGCCUCACACCUCCUUCCCAAAGCCCAAUGCCUCGCCUACCAGGCUUUGAGAUGGUGCCCGCUCGCACAGCCCUAAAUCUGCCCCUGGCAAGAAUGUGCAACCUGCUGCUACUGCGUUGUGGGAAGGAAUUUUUUUUGUUUCAGGAGACCUCUCAGUACAGCUUAUUAAUCAGAAGCACUAACAGCUAUAACCUCCCAAUCCUGCAUUUUGUCAAUUUAUAUAACCUAACUAUGCUGGAAAGUAUUGCCAGUGAAAUAAUACCUUAAACACAGACCUCUACCCCCCAGUAAAGACUUAGGAAUAGGCCUGAUAGGAUUUUGGUAUCUUGCAUAUGCACACAUUGGCCUCAGAAUCACACCCCUUAUUCUUAAAUCAUAUCCAGUCAUUAUGUUACACAGAUUUUAGAAAAGGAACAUUUCUAUAAGAACAGGUUGUCUAUGGUCAUCUCCAGUGCUUUUUUCUAAGAAUUUUUUUGGGGUACUCUCAUUUUUCUACUCAUAUUGAAAUACUGCCCCUCAAUGAGGCCAAACUUUGAUUCAUAAAAUGUUUAGGGGUAUGCGUCCCCCUGCGCCCCCCCGAAAAAAGCACUGGUCAUCUCCAAACUAAGGAUCCAGAGUUCUCCAAAUCUAGAACUGUGUUUUCCAUAAUGCUACAUGCCAUUAGUAAUAGGCCUGUGCAUUCUUACAGUUUUAUUGAUAUUUGCAUUACAGGUAACCUUUAUAAAAGUACAGUGUUAAAUAAAGUUCUCGUAGCAUUUUGGUUUAUUAGUUUGAUAUCCUGGCUAAAUUCCAGCCUCAGUAAUUCUGCUCACCAGAAUUCUCCCUGCAGGUUCAAUUGAAAAAGUUAUUCUUCAUUUCUUCCUGUGACAUAAGUUCAAAGUAAUUGUGGAAUGUUUCAUUGCUGUACUAAACCAAGCUACUUUCUAUCACACAGAAAGCUGCAUUUUAAGAGUGGAAGGUAUGUCAUUUUAUAGGAAAGGAAUAGUGAAAAAUAAAUAGUUUUCCUAAAUUGGUACUGUUGUGUCUUUGCGAAUAGACAUGUUUUGCAUGAAGAAAACCAAAUUUUCAAAUAUAUGCUCAAGCCAAAUUUACACAUAUAAUGCGGUAUACAGUGGUACCUCGGGUUACAUACGCUUCAGGUUACAUACUCCGCUAACCCAGAAAUAGUGCUUCAGGUUAAGAACUUUGCUUCAGGAUGAGAACAGAAAUCGUGCUCCGGCAGCGCAGCAGCAGCGGGAGGCCCCAUCAGGUAAAGUGGUGCUUCAGGUUAAGAACAGUUUCAGGUUAAGUACGGACCUCCAGAAUGAAUUAAGUACUUAACCCAAGGUACCACUGUAUAAGCAAAACAGAGAAUUUCCUUUCCAGUUUGCUGUUUCAGCUUGAUUGUUUUGGCCAGGAAAAGAUCAAGAUGCCACUUCCAACCUUCUUUUUUAUUAAAGUGUCACAUAUCUAAUUCUGCACAGAAGCUGAGCCCCCCAUACUUGAUGGGACACACAUGUACUUUAUACUCAGAUAUGUGGUGCCUGGUUACAAUAAAUAAAGUCAGAGGCAAGUAUUAUUACGUCUUCAAAUAUGUGAAAGGAUCAAUUGUUCUCCUUCUCUGCUGCGACACAAAACUGGAGUAAAUGCUUUCCCAAGUGGCUACAGAGUCUGCACAUAGAGGGAUUGGCACAGAUCAUGUGGCCCUUCAGAAAGUGCUGAACCACUCCUACCUUGCUGGCUGGAGCUGAUGGAAGUUGCAGCCCACCAUCUGGAGGGCCACAGAUUCCCUGCUCCUGGCAUGAAAUCGUAGAGCCCUGUUUAUCAAGGCCCAACUCUUGAUGCACAAUGGACUUAGAACCACAGAAUUGCAGAGUUGGAAGGAUGCCUGAGGGUCAUCUAGCCCAACCUCCUGCAAUGCAGGAAUCUCAACUAAAGCAUUUUGACAAUUCUUGGAGAACAGGUGAGGUCCCUGUAGACUGGAGGUAGGCAAAUGUUGUGCCCAUCUUCAAAAAGGGAUGGCGGCAGAAGACCCAGGUAGCUACUGACAAGUCAGCUUGAUGUUGAUACCAGGAAAGGUCCUAGAACACAUAAUUAAACUGUUGGUCUGUGAGCACUUAGAAAAGGAUGCUGUGAUUACUAAGACCAGGGGUCGGCAAGGUUUACCUAAACCGGCGCAGCACGUUUAACUAAACCGGCACAGCGUGGCGUGGGGACUCGCUUCCGCCAGAAAUCGAUACGAUACGAUACGAUACGAUACGAUAUCUUUAUUGUCAUUGUCCCUUGCGGAACAAUGAAAUUGAAAACUACACAAAACUACAUAAAACUACUACAAAACUACAUAAAACUACUACAAAACUACAUAAAACAUUCAAAAACCCCUAAAAACUCUAAAACCCCAUUUUAAAACACUAUACUACAGAAACCCCUUAUGCUGCGUUUAGAACCAGAAUUGCAUUAGCGUAGAAACUGUUUUUCAGGCGGCUAGUCCUGGCCUUUAUAACCCUAUACCUUCUUCCAGAAGGCAGAAGCUGAAAGAGAUCAUUUCCGGGGUGCGUACUAUCAUGUGCUAUCUCUGCCGCUUUCUUAUGGCACCUGGCAGCAUAGAUUUGAUCUAAGGUGGGAAGAGUGCACCAAAUAAUUCUCUCUGCAGUCUUUAAAACCCUGGAUAGCAUUGUUUUUUCCCUGGCCGUGCAGCUCCCAAACCACACGCACAGACCAUAAGUUAGUACGCUCUCUACAGUGCAAUGGUAGAAUGCCAUCAACAGGUCCUUUGAGAGAUUGUUUUCCGGAGGAUUCUCAGAAAAUAUAACCUCUGCUGUGCUCUCUUCACCAGGUCCUUGCUGUUCUCUCCCCAGGUUAGGUCGUCUCUCAACUCCAUUCCCAGAAAUCGAAACACUGAGACCUGUUCCACGCACUUCCCCUCAAUAAUAAGUGGCUGAAUAUUCAAUUUACAUUUCCUAAAGUCCACAAUGAUCUCUUUUGUUUUCUUUAAGUUAAGCAGUAAGUUAUUUUUCCUGCACCACUCCCCCAACUGCUCAACUUCCUUCCUAUAGGCCGUCUCCCCCUCUCCAGCCGUAAUUAAACCAACCACCAUUGUAUCAUCUGCGAACUUAAUGAUCUUAUUAGUGGGGUAUUUGGGGGCACAGUCAGCUGUAUAGAGCAUGUAUAAAAGCGGGCUCAACACGCACCCCUGAGGCGUCCCCGUAUUCGUGAUGAGAUCCGCAGAGACGUGGGAACCCAACCUGACCCUUUGGGAACGGUUUGAUAGAAAGUCUAAUAUCCACCUGCACAAACAUGGUGGAAGUCCCAGGUCUAAUAAUUUGGGCACCAAUCUAUGCGGAAGAAUAGUAUUAAAUGCAGAACUAAAGUCUACAAAUAACAGUCUUGCGUAGUUCCCUUGCUUCUCCAAAUGAGUCAGGACAGCAUGUAAAGCCAUUGCCACAGCAUCCUCUGUGGAUCUCUUUGCCUUGUACGCAAACUGGUAAGGGUCAAGUCCCACUGGCAGACAAGAUAAGAUGCGCUUCCUCACCAGUUUUUCGAAACAUUUCAUUAUAAUGGGUGUCAGCGCCACAGGGCGAAAAUCAUUCAGACUGUCUAUCUUUGAUGUUUUUGGCAGGGGUAUAAUGGUAGCAGAUUUCAGACAGGGUGGAACAGUGGCUUGGGCCAGAGACUGGUUAAAAAUCUUUGUAAAGAUUCCUGCCAGUUGGUCCGAACAAUCUCUUAGCACCCUGCCAGCCACCCCAUCCGGGCCCAUAGCCUUCCUCUUGUUUACCUCCUUUAAUAUUCGCCUCACUUCUCCCUCUUCCACCCUGGCAGCAUUUCCUGUAGAUAGUGACGCCAAUAGCUCUGGCAUCCCUGUUGGAGUCACUGUUGGUGUCACCUCAAAUCGGGCAAAGAAGGUAUUCAACUCUCCCACCAAGGAAGCAGUACUCUCUACCACUGAUGAAUUCCUUGAUUUAUAACCAGUCAGAUGUUGGACUCCCUGCCACAUUUGUCUAGUAUCAUGAUUUCUCAGAUGGUCCUCAAUUUUUCCUCUGUACUCCGCUUUUGCUUUCCUGAUACCCCUCUUCAAGUUCGCUCUUUCUAUGCCAUACAAUACCCGGUCCCCAGUUCUAAAAGCAGAAUUUCUGGCCUUCAAUAAUCUUCUAACCUCUCCUGUCAUCCAGGGCUUCCUAUUCGGAUACAACUUAACAUACUUUUCCCUGGUGACAUUUGCUGUACAGAAUCUAAUAUAAUCCAGGACCGUUGAUGUAUAAGUUUCUAGAUCUUGAUGGUCGAAGAUAUUCCAGUUGGUCUCCUGGAAACAGUCCUGCAGUUGCUGAGAGGCUUCCUCAGGCCACACUGUAACCAUCCGUGUUUGUAUCUGGCCUUGUUUCCUGAGGGGUGUGUAUACUGGUGUCAGAAGCAGGGACACAUGAUCUGAACCACCGAGGUGCGCCAAGGUCUGCGCGUGGGGACUCGCCGAGCGGGUGGCUCACUUUGGGGGCGGCUCAUGGGCUGGUUAAACGACCCCCGUGGGCUGCUUGUGGCCCAUGGGCCUUAGGUUGCCUACCCCUGACUAAGACCUAUCGUGGGUUUCUCAAAAACAAGUCAUGCCAGAUGAAUCUCAUUUCUGUUUUUGAUAGAGUUGCAAGCUUGGUGGAUCAGGGGAAUGUUGUGGACAAAAUGUUUUUUUUUAAUUUCAGUAAGGCUUUUGGCAAAGUCCUCCAUGAUAUUCUUGCAGAGAAGCUGUUAAAAUGUGGACUGGAUGAGGUAACUGUUAGGUGGAUUUGUAGCUGGUUGACUGGCCGAACCCAAAGAGUGCUCAUGAAUGGUUCCUCACCAUCCUGGGAAAAGUGACAAGUGGGGUGCCGCAGAGUGAAGAAUCAUACCCUUAAUUUCAUGGCUGUGUUGUCUGACUUGAAAACAUAUUGGUGGGCAGCUGAAUUUUUCUUUUUAAAGAAAACUUCUAAUAAAAUUAUUCAUAACUUUGAUUUAAACAUAUUAAACUGCUAGAUAGAUUUUCCCUGUUUCAUAUUGAAACUGUUAUACCCUUAGGCUAUUUCCACAAGUACCACAAUAUUUCUGGCUAUAGAUGUGGUUGAGUUAUGGUUGCAUUACAGAUUUCCCUAUUGUCCGUGUAAGUUCCUGGGCUGGUAGAAUCUACCCUUUCUGCUUUAGAGAGUACUUCAAUGUAGCUGCAGUGUGAAGAGACGACUGUCAAAGCUACUCACAGCAUUGCAACUAGCCGUUGCAUAACCAAGUGCAAUACGCUAAGAAUACUAAGGGGAGUCACAGGAGAAUGGCAAAAAAUAACAUUAAAUGUGUGAAAGAGCAUGUGCGGUGUGCAUUAAUUAGCUGUCAGAGUAGUGAGGACUGCAUUUCCCUUGUAAAAGAACUUAAUUUACUGACUUGUAAUUAGAGGGAAUAGUCCUGCUACAAUGAAGUUAGCUAUUCAUUUUGUUACGUUCUCAAAGUCUCUCCCCCCCCUUUAUUAGCUUGUUCUAUGAACAGAAGUCCAGAGCAAUAAAAAUCGAUGGAUAUGUCAUCCACUCAUUUCUUUCAGCCUUUAAGUGGAUUUGGAUCCUUCUUUGAAUUGUAAUUAUGCAUUUGUUUGUUUUGUUUAUUAAUGGCAGGACAAUGUGUACAGUCCUGAGAAUGACAUAUUGAGGGUUACGGGUGAAGUGUGCGCAGGUAUAUUUGCGUUUGAUUUCAGGAGUGUUAAACUAUAGCAGUGUAAAUGGUAAUUAAACGAUCAAUGCAUUACUGUAUAAGCAAGAUGCUUUAUGGGUUCUGCUUUGAGCAAAUGGAAUGUUAAAAAGUUGUGUUAGGCUCUUUGUCUCUUAACCCAGGGGCUGCAUCUAGGCUAUGAUGCAGCCUGCUCUAGUGGCUCCACCCCUUCUGCCAUUGGUAGAGUCUGGUUAGUGAAAUACACAGGAGUUAAUUUGCAGCAACAUUCAGCCGCCAUUGCCCAGCAGCUUGGUCAGAGUCGGGUGACAGAUACAUAGGCCAGAUUAGGUGCAUGCACAUGUUGACUAUUACUGAUUCUGUCCAGUAUACUGCUUUUUUUCACUUCAUGCACCACUUCCUCUCAGUGUGUCUAAAUGAGAGAAAAUGAAAAAAAAAACCACCAUACUGAAACUGCUCUACCACCUUUUGUUAAGGGGAGGAGGAAGAGGAAGAGAAGGAAAACUGGAGUGAUGGAGGGUGGGAAAGGUGGGGGAAGAGCUGAGAAAGUGGCACAGAGAGGGGGAGGAAGGGGAGCAGAGGAGAGGGAGAGAUGAACAGGUAGCUCCACCUGCUUUUGGCUCUGCCCAUUAAUGGCUCUGCCCCCCUGGACUUUCUGUGGGUCAACUUCCUGAAUUGGAAUUUUUUUUCCUCACCUUGCACUGCAGUCCUAGCAGUUACUUUAUUAGUUAUAGACUGCCAUCAAUAUACAUCCAGGAAUUUGUUACUUUGGCUAUUGACAUUUAUCUGGUUUGUAAUGGAAAUGAGUGAAGAUUUGGGUGUGGGUCAUGAAGCAACGAAUUCCAGAGGUUCCCCUUGCAUUCCUUCAAUCAGCUUCUGGCAUAGCAGAAGGACAAGAGCUGUUUUAGUGCGAUGAAAUGGAAAUCCCGACACCUGGGAUGCUUUGUUAAACACUGUAGAUAUAGAAUUAGAGACUAGACCAGAUCAUAAAUCUGAGAGGUAUUUUUCAGUUAUUUUAAUUGGAUGAGUAACAUGAAACUCUAGUUUGUGCAUAUGACUAGACAAUACUUCUGUUUUUGCUGAUACUGACUGCAUUUGCGUCCACAGGGCAAACCUCACUGCUAUGAUUUUCAGGCUGGUAAGACAAUAGUAGCAACAUGUACCUUACUGAGGAGCUCUGAGGAUUAAUUAGUUGCUGCUUGUAAAGUGCUUUGCAGAUGAAAAGAGCUCAAUGUUAUUAAAACAAGACACACUAAAGUAUCCUGUAGGGAGUCAUCUGGCACUAGCAGGGUUGCACUGAUGACCUCAUAGGUCUUCUUCAUCACUUCAGUGCUUAGAAAAAGAAGCCAGCAUUUCCGGGGAGUGAAUCAAAAUUAUAUCAGCAGCUCCAUUAGCUUGAAGGCUUGGAGGUAACUGAUCUUCUGCCUCGAGAGCAAAAGUAAUCACCUGAAGAUGCUAAGAAAGGAAGAUACGGUACAUAACUGGCUGUGUCGCCUGCUGACUGAUGUCUUCCUUCAAAUAAAAUUAGGAUUGGCAAAAAGUUAUCACUAGCAAUUCUACAGCCUGAAAUCUUGCAUUUAUCUCCACAAGGACUACAUUAUGGUCAUGUAAAUAAUACUGGAACAAAAGAUACUUCAGAUUGACCUGGAGCGACUGUGUUAGCUGGAGGGAGGGAAGUCCUGCCUUCUUCCGCCUUUCCCCUUAUCUUUAGAAUCUUUUGCAUAAAGGCUGAUGGAAGGUUCUUUUACAAAACUGAUUGGAAGUGGACACAGAUUUUGGCACAAACAAAGUGUAGAUUCCAGACACGCUCAUUUCAAGGUGAUGAGCAGAGGACCCUGAUGCACUGUCAGUGACGAACAUGUAAUUCUGGGUUAGAACAACAGUGUAAUUAUGUCUUGGGUAUCCUCUCUUUUUUACCACUGUCAUUUAAUUCUUUUUCCUGCUCUUAUUAAGCUUCCAGAUAUAGGCUAACAUCAAAGAGCUUUCUCCAGUUACCACUAAAGUUGAAGCAACAAGUCCAGUUAAUGAGCUUUAAAUUGAAAUUGAGCAAGAGAUUGGGGGAGUGGGGCAGAAUUCAAUGGUAGAGCACAUACACUGCAUGCAGAAUGUCCUGGUUUCAGUUCCUGGGACCUCUACUUAAAAGGAGCUUAGGUAGAAGGGCUGAGAAAGACUCCUGCCUGAAACCCUAGAGAAUUUCUGCUGUAGCCUUGCUGAGCUAGAUGGACAAAUGGUCUGUUCUAGCAUAAAGCAGCUGCAUGUGUUCAACAUGGCCAGUGCUCUGAUCCAUAAAGGGAGCAAAUAAUAAGGACGCUAACAUGACUAUUUUCCCUCUUUUUUCCUUCUUUCUAGGGAGUGCAAGAGCUGAAAAUGAGGCCCCGAGCAGAGUGCUAUUCUUCAAAGUUCUGGCUUAUGCUGGCAGUCCUGGCGACAACAGGUGGUGGGGCCUGGGCCCAAAAGAACCACCCCAGCAUUGGCAUUGCUGUCAUCUUGGUGGGUACCUCUGACGAAGUAGCUAUCACAGAUGCCCACAAGAAAGAUGACUUCCAUCACCUCUCUCUCACGCCUCGUGUGGAACUGGUGGCCAUGAAUGAGACAGAUCCCAAGAGCAUCAUCACCCGCAUCUGUGAUAUCAUGUCUGAUCGGAGGGUUCAAGGUGUGGUGUUUGCUGAUGACACUGACCAGGAAGCCAUUGCCCAGAUCCUGGACUUCAUUUCUGCCCAGACCCUCACACCCAUCCUAGGUAUCCAUGGAGGCUCUUCCAUGAUCAUGGCAGACAAGGUAAAUUAUUGCUUCUUCCCAUCUCAACCAUUAGAGUGGAGCUUGGAAAUUAGCUUCUUCGUUCACAAAAUGCAUACUGUUUGUUAAAGGCACUGACAAACUCGGUCAAUUGCAUUGAAAGAAUUCAAGCCCUGACUAUCUAGAUAUUUGUCACUGAGGUUCUUGGAACAAGCAGCAUCUUGUCCUUGGCAAGUGAAGCAGAUCUGUCCUGCUUUGCUUUCUGUCAGUUAUUACCAAAUACCAGGUCUGCAGAAUUGGGUCUAUGUAUUUGGCUUCGUGGGAGUGGCGGAAAAACCUUCAGAAGUUCACUCUGCUGUCCCUCACCUUCUGUGACCUUGCACAGUUACAGCUCAAGGCCGAGGACAUUGUGUUGGUGUGGCAAUCAUUAUGCCCCAUUUUAACCACUCAUUUGCCAGUGUUAUGACUCAUAAUAUCAGGUUAAAAAACAAUUAAAUGCAUGUUGUUAAAAAUAAUGCACGAGGGUGUCAAAUGGGGAGAGUAUGUGUGUGUGGGCACUGGGUCUCCCACCAACAUCCCUGCAUGACCCUGCCACCUCCUCGCCUGAUGUGCAAAGAUCUGAAGGAAGGCUCUAAAUGCCUUCAGUUGAACAUGGCUAGAAUCUUCUCCAAGAUUUUAAAAAAAGACCCUGUGCAACCAGGUUGCCCAAUAGAAGAGAACAUUCUAACUAUGUUCACUAGUUAGCAUCUUCUCCUGGGCUUAGGAUGUUUGGGUGCGGCCUUGGUACAUUUGCAUGCCAGCAUUUCCUACCCAGGGACAACUACACUACCAAACCAAGAAAGAGUGAGCACAUACAUCCUGUAGACCCAUGACAUCUCCCCACACCCAUAAGAAGCCUUGCUUAUUUUAAUUGCUUUUUCUUUAAGAAGAACAUUAAGAAACCAGGAUGAUAAAACUGGAAGUGCCUCAGAUAAUUUUAAUUUCCCACCAAAGACCACAGGAAUAAGUAUUUUGGUUUCACAAAACUGUUAUGGACAAACCAUUAAUAAAACCAGCUUUCCUGCAAAACAUUCAUUAGUUUUAAACACAUGUAAAACAAAACAGAAAAUGGAAUUGGUUUAACCUAACAUUCCCCUGUCCCCAGGGACUGUUUUGAGGAAGUUCAGUGAUAACCCAGAGCAUCUAUACAUAUACAUAUAUCCAGUGCUUUUUUCUGGGGGGACGCAGGGGUACACAUACCCCUAACAUUUUGUGAAUCUAAGUUUGGCCUCAUUGAAGGGCAGUAUUUCAAAUGAGUAGGAAAAUGAGAGUACCCCUAAACAUGUUUUUAAGAAAAAAAGCACUGCAUAUAUCAGGAGAUAUGAGUCGUUUUCUACUACUUUGUAGAUUAUGACGAUAAACAUGUGUUUUCAGAGAAUCAUAGAACUAGGUCCAUGGAUGACCUUGCUCAUUCUGUGCCCAGAGGAUUGACAAUCCACACGUUACAGAUAUCGGUCUAUAUAAUUAGAAUUAUGAUGUGUCAUAAACACAGAGCAAGUCCACUCUAGAAAGUGUGGCCAUUUUGUAGUCAUUCAUUCUCGUCCCCAGUCUGCUUUAAUAUGAGAAGCUCCCCACUUUUUGGUGUUAGCACUUGCCCCCAAUUCAUUUGUAGAGUACUACCACUGUAUCUAAGAUUAAAAAGUCAAUCUCAUAAGGUAAGUUCUCAGUUCUGGUAUUCAUCUGUUGCUCUUCUGUAUACCUAGUCUACUAUGAAGAGGUCUUUCUAGAAUGUGGACAAUGGUAAAUGAUAUUCAAUCUACCAGCAGUCUGUAUGCAGCUAACUAUGUUUUUGAUCCCACUAGCAAUACCCUCCUUAAUAUAUCUAAGACAUAUGCUGCCUUGCUUCCUCUUUCCCUUCCAGCUGAAGAGUCUGAAGUGAUAACCAACAUGUUUAUUCUUUGGGUCCCUCCAGAAUGGUGUUUUAUUGUGGGCGUAUUCUGCAACAUGCUCUUAACACAACAAUAGUGCAUUAGUGGUGGAUUUAUUCUGCUUUAGUCUCAAUGCAUCUACAUUACUACCACAUUAUUUCUUUCUGCUGGACAAAAUAAAUAAAUAACCAGAACAUUUGUGGUGUGAAAAGUUACUGGAUUUUCAGCAUGAAGCUACAGGGAAUGUGCUGAUUGGAAAU